AUUCUCGCGAGGAUUCCUCCCCUUUACUACACGCACACACAUACACACACAAUCAUCAUCACUCCACCUCCUCCUCCUCCUCCUCCUCCUCCUCUCAGCAGCCCCUCCUUUUCCGUCUCUUGCUCGCCUCUAUCCUCUUCAGCCUUGCCUGCCUGUCAGAAAGGUACUCCAGUAUUGGAGGCUAGGCUACCCUCCUCCCGGACCCCGCACGAGAGAGAGCCAGCCACCGUCGUACCCCAAGGCUCGGGCUCCCCCACUCAGCGGCUCCAACCAUGGCAACCACCGCUACUUCCACCCGGUUUACCGACGAGUACCAGCUGUACGAGGAGCUCGGGAAGUAAGCAGUAGUCUCAGCAUUACAGUGUGUGCAUCGUGUUUGUCUUGUCGUUUUGUCCCCCACCCCCGCAACCUCGCCUCACAUUAUUACUGGUUAGCGAGCUACGAGGCAGUAGCUCACCAGAAUAGCUUCAAGACUUGUCAUUUUCAGCGCAUAAAUAAUGUGUCAGUUCGUGUAUAUACGAGUGUGUUAUUGUAGUGGUGCAGUCAGGCUGGAUAACCGUCGCUAACGGCUAACUAGCAGAGAACAGCGCACUAACGUACAGUCACUAGCCAACCAGCUACCAUGCUGAUAUUGAUAAACUAGCCGAGUUAGCCUCACUAGCGUUGCGUCUUUUAGUCACUAAUGGUGAUGUGGUUGGUGCAUUAACAGCUGUUGCCCCCCCCCUUACCCACCCACCCUCCCCGUGUUUGCUAGCCGGUAUUUUCUGGUCUGCUGGAGGCGUCACCGGGGCCCCGAGAGACGCUUUGGAGACGGUAGCCUGUGUGACAUUUCACCGGCCCCUGGGUCUCUGACAGCUCCGUGCUUGGCUCGAUACACCAAAAAGGCUGCGGUCGGUAGCUAACUAGGCCGACCACUUUUUUUUUUCUUCCUCUCCCCCCUACCCCUGAGCAGCUGCAGAUGAUUUGUGUAACCGUGUUGAGUAACGUUACGUACCCCUGGAUCACUAAUGAGGAAGUUAUUUCCUCUGCGUUGAUGUUUGCGCUGUAAUGUCCGCACACCAGCUGGCCGGAUCAUCACGUCGUGUUAUCCUUGAAUGUGUUGUGGCUUAAUUCCACUUUGAGCAUUGUCAGUAUUAGCGGUAAUUUUAUGUGCACUGUGCAAGAGGCAGUGACGUGUUUUCUCGGUAUUCUGAGGACCGGGCCACUACCUCAUCUGUUUCAUCACCAUCAUCAUCAUCAUCAGCAGCAGCAGCAGCAGCAUCUGUUGUUCUUGGCCGGCGAAGGCUCUUCCCCCCACCCACCCCAUCCCCCUUGUUGUACCCAAACCAGAGGCUGCAGGGCGACACUGGCCUGUCAUGCAGACUGAAGGUCAAAAUGCGAUUUUGAUGUAGAAACAAAUCAUGUUUCAUCUCACGCUAGGGCUGGGUGACAAAACAAUAACGAUAUAUAUCAAGAAUUGAUUUCCAUAGUCGUCAUUUUGCUGUGUUUUGGUAAACUAUACAAAUAGCCAAUGAAAAGGGGAGUUGCUCCAGGUCUGCUUCGCGCUAAACCGAUCAUGUGCUGAAUUAGAAACAAAUAGCUAACAACAGCGUAGUAGCAGGCUGCAGCGACACGCAACCAUUGCACUUAAACACGGUGAGAAACAGUGUUGUUUUUGUUGAUGAUGACGUUGAUGAAUAUUUCAUCAACGUCAUCGUCAACGAAAAUAACCAAUAUUUCGUCAACGCCCCUUUUUUCUACGACGAAGACAUGACGUUGACGAGCUAAACAUAAGUCUUAGAUGACUAAAAUGUUGCAUUUCAUCAGUCAAACGCUUAACAUAUAUUCUGCAGUGUUGUUUUCAUUGACGAUGACGUUGAUGAAAUAUAUUCGUCAACAUCAUUGUUAUCGUCAAUGAAAACAACACUUGUGAGAAAUAAAGAAAUGCAGAUGAAGGCUCAACAGAUGAUGACAUCGUCAACAACACCGGCAUGAAAACGUAGGUGGUGUGGAGGUAUUUUGGUGCAGAGUAAUGUGCACUGCAAAUUAUGUCGAGUACAUGUUUUCGCAAAGUCGGGAAAUAACUCGAAUCUUUUCCACCACCUGAAGCAGUGCCACGCGGCAGAGGACGUGCAAUGUAAAAGGUUACAAACCCCGAGUGGAGCAAGGAGCCCAUGGCGCCUGUGCAGCUGAAACAGCCGACCAUUCAGUCUGCUUCCUCUAGCGCAACGCCUUACGACAUGUUGAAGAGACGUAAAGGCUAUGUUCACACUGCAGGUCAAUUCCGAUUUUUUAACUGUAUGUGACACAUAUCUGGUUUUUUUUUCAUGUAAGUGUGAACAGUGCAAUUCUGAUUUUUUUCAAAUUUUGAAUGUGGAUAUAAAUCAGAUAUGUAUCCGAUGUGACUGCAGUGUGAACGCUCAGGUCGCGUUCAUCCGACCUAUACGUCAUCAAUAUGCGACAAACGUCACCAUUGUUCGACAACACAAAAAUGCGUGGAAAGCAAUUUGUGCUAUGUGCGCAUGUGGGUCACUUCACAGACUCAUUCAGUUUACAUUAGAUGCCGCAUUUAUUGUUGUAAUGUGAACGACCGCACAAAAGAUCGGAUUAAACAAAAAAUCUGAGUUGUGCAUAAGAACCUGCAGUGUGAACGUAGCCAAAGACCUCACAGAUGCAGUAGCUUAUUGUAUUGCAAAAGACAUGCUACCAAUAAGCACUCUUAAAUUUCAUAUUUUAUAUCGUGAUAUAUAUCGAUGUUGACUGAUAUGACAAAAAUUAUAUCAGGAUAAACUUUUUCCCAUAUCGUCCAGCCCUAUCUCACGCUGCACAAUCUACAAUUCUGUCCACAUUGCAGUAAACAAGCGUCACCUCCAACCUUAAAGCCUCUCAACUCUGCGUAUCCCAGUGCAUUAUGAUUCAUAACGUCUCACUCACCAUCAUACCUUCUAUCAGGAGGCUGCUCUGCUGUUGAUUCAUCCAGCCUCAUUGCAAAAACUGCAAAGUUAUCUCUACUCUGUUCCCAUUCAAAUACAGCAUGUGUGAUAUCGGCACACAGGACGCAUUCACAUCAGCAGUACUUCUUGUUCAUAGUCACAAGGUAAAAGUAGGUUCAAAUACUUGAAUGCAAUUAAGAGGAACAGGUUGUACUUGAAUACUUGUGAUCACACUUGUGUAGGAUUUUGAAAUGUCUGCAAAAUUGUUUGUGUAUUAGCCAUUGUUUAAAACUAUGUAUAUUAAUAUUAAGUGAUAUUUUUUGCACAAAUUUCUCAAUUUCUCAUGAAACAAAAGGAUCUCAAUUUCAGUAACAGUCCCUGCUUUUUAGUGAAGGAUUAGCAUAAAUAAAGACACAACAGCUUUAAUUUUCCAGCCGCCGUUUCUACUCUCUUGCCGAAUAAUUGACAGUAAUCGAUGGCGCUGAUUGCACAGGCAGUACACACACAUAUGCACACCUACACAUCCUCCUCCAUAGUGGAUCCGGGCUUUACCGCUCCUGCAUCUUCAGUGCACUGACCACUUACCUCGGCUUAUGUUUCUGCUCCCGUUUGUUAAUGCAUCUUGCUCCGUCAUAGGCUAUUAACAUCAAGGCCCUGACUUGUGCUUCUGUCACCUGUCACCUCUCAUUUACUGGUAAAUAAUUGAAACAAGGAGCAGAGUGGCUGGAGCAGAGUGCAGCAUAAAAGUAGCAGCUCUCCGUAUAUCAUCAAAAGUAGUAAAAGGCUGCCGUCCCCUUUAAAGACAGCAGCUACAUAGAGGCAGAUACUGCAGGCUGUACAGGCUCUAUGAAAAUCAUGCAUAAUUACUCGUCCUAUGGUGCUCAAAACCGAACAGUCACUGAAGCAGAAAGCAGGUGAAAAUGUAUGGAGCGUUCAACUAGGUCAAUAUGAAACUCCUCAGAGUGAGAGUUGUUAAAAGUGUGUUACGCACUUCCUUUCUUUUUCCUCGAGCAGAUUGAUAAGUGAGCGUUGUUACCAUGUGAAUGUCUUCAAUAUGCCCAUUGUUGUAUGUGAUGCAGCCUGUUCUAUAUGCUGGCUGGUGCAAAUUGAAUUUCCUUUGUGGGCUGCUGGUGGUAUUGUGUUGUGCGCCUAUCAAAAAAUGAGAUGAAGUAUUCAGCUCUUUAUUUACAAUAAAAACAGCCUAAACUCGUGUUUGCACUCGAGAGUCUUGUUAUACAGGUGCUGGUUUGCUUGAUUGUUGCCCACACUGAUGCUCUGUUAGUAAUGACUGUAAACUGUUUGUGUAUUUGUGUGUGUGUGAGAGAGUGAGAGAGAUCAAGGUUGUUAGCAUACACACACAAAACCAAACCACCGCCAUAAAAAUAAGAGCAGUUUCAAAAUGUCACACUUUGCGCAUGUGAGAAAGAAAACGAGCGUGUGUAAUGGAACUGAUUUUUGGUUGUUUAUGUUCUUCUUUCUUAGGGGAGCUUUUUCAGUGGUGCGUAGGUGUGUAAAGAAGUCAUCAGGACAGGAAUAUGCUGCAAAAAUCAUCAACACUAAGAAGCUGUCGGCAAGAGGUAUGGUAACACCACACACUCCAACAGACUCUGAAUUUUGCAUGUUUGCCUUUUUAUCUUCUGGAUCCAAAAAAAUGAGCUACAUGCUGCUUUGACGACAGCUGUCAUAAAUGGCACACAGUAAUCUUUCUAUAAAUUAUAUAAAGAAGAAGAAAUGUGACUGGACUGCUUCAUCCUAUCACUGAAAAAACUGUUUAAUAUUUCCAUGAAAGGUACAGCGUUUAGUAGAACAGACUUCGUUGAACUUAAUGUCGUAUAUUAGCAGGAUGUCACCCUCCCCCAAGCCGCCAUGUUGGACCACUAUGUUUGAACAGUAGCACAAAAAGAAGAAGCUAGAAAGGCCGGUCCUUCUUGUGCACAUAAGAAUUUGUAUCGGUCAGAGAUUUUGAUGGUGAAAACUUGAUAAAUAGCGGAUGAGAGUUAUCAUGUAUCAGAGGUGCUUCUUGUCCUCAAAGGCUGCUGUUGCUUCUGGAAUUUUGCAAUUUCACAUUGAGAGAGAUCAGCAAGGGAGCAUUUCAACCUAGAAUCUGACUGAUAUUUCCACUCAUUCCCAUUUAUCUUUCCUUUUUUGCACAUCCAAUACUAUUUUCUUCUUCACUGGUGUAACAGUAUAAAGUAUAAAAACACCACUGCAUUGUUGAUUAAAAGACUAAUCAAUAUCAGAUGAAACGAGAGAUGAUUAGAGUUCUGAUCCAGUACCUCACAUCCAGUAUGUUUACAUGACACUCGAGAAAACUGAAUUAUUGCCUUACUCUGAUUAAGACCGGACAACUGAAGUGCAUAUAAACACCUUAGUCCAACUAUAAUCGAAGUUUGAGAACUCCGAUUAAGACACCCAGAUAAUGCGAUUGGAAUUCAAUUCUCUCUACCAUUUAACUAGCGUAGUCGGUGUAUGAUCAGACAAUGCAUUUGCGCGUGCGCCCCAUAACCACGAAACAAAAAUACCAAAGAAGAGAAGUAGCAUGCAUCUCAUCUGCAGAAAAAGUAGCGUGUACGAUGCUCCAUCUUCUUGCUCGAAAAUGCCCAGCAGCAGUUGUAGCCACUUCUAACGUCAGGCACGGACUUGCUGUUGUUGUUGACAGUUGUACGGGGUGGGUAACAUCGCUGCUGAAAAGACCCAUAUCGCCCCCUAGUUUUGGGGACUUGGACACGUUAACGCCAAUAAUUCAAUUUUCUUAGCUGCAGACAAGGAAAGAAGUCAGAUUCGACUUGGCUCAUGUUGCCAGAAAGAGCUACACGGCUGCAUGGAAACUGCACAUUGUGGACUUUGCUGAAUGCAAUUUUAGGUCUUAGCACAGGAAAACUGUUCAGUUUUUCCUCCCAGAGGCUCCCAAAUCAGACUGUGUUUUCUGUACCUGUGCUUGACUUAACAGCGCUAAGUAGUGUUAGUUGCUCUGGCUUAUCAGGAGUAAUCGAGGGAUAACUUCCUGCCCUGGUAGUGGUACUGUGUAGCAAUUUUGAACCGUUUUAAUUUCUCAGCAUAUGUAUAACUGACUCGUCCAGCCUAAGGGGAGAGUACACAGUCGAACACAGUUGUCCGCUGCUAUAGGAAAUCUUCAUUCAAUCACCUGGUCUACUGGGAGCUCUUAUCAGCAACCUUUCGGUGCCCUAAUGGCCCUCUUUAUAAAAACUCUAUUGAAUAACUUUCUGUCGCUCCACUGCGGUUUCAUUAGAAAACACCGGACUGUGAACGGAUUGAUCCAAAUUUCUGCGAGGCUCUUCGUGAAAAGGGAACAAAAAUAGGAUUCAAACAAAGCCGGAGGAACACGCAGAGGACGCGUAACACUAUUCCUGUCUCUCAUUGUUGCGUCUCCUGAAUAUUAUUUGUUGCGUCACUCGCUGUGUCUCAGCACAGAUCCACACCCACAUGCACAUGCCUGCUGUGUCGUAACAGUGACGUCGGCUCGUGUUAGUGUGUCAGAUCCUCCUCUUGGCUUCAGACUCAGAUACUUAAUUGCCUUCUCCUAUUUUGAAUCUUGACAAAUUAGGCCUGCACUCUUUCCUGACAUUCACACACACCUGGCUUCCUUUGUCCUCCUUUUUCUGCUCACACACACACACACUCUCUCUCUCUCUCUCUCUUUGAUUAGCUUUACGUCCUCUCUUUCCCUGCAAGCCUCCCUCACUCAUUGCCUUUCUCUUGCAAAGGGGGAUUGGUUUGUAUUGAGGCUAAUCCACUUAUGCUAAAUGUAUCUCAUCAACCACUAAGACCCCACAGAUUCCAUAGGCGCCUCCCUGUUUGCCCUGUUGUUGUUGUCUCUGUCUGAAGGCAUGUGUGUGUGUGAAAGAGACAGAGAGGGCAGGGAGUAACACUAAUAGAGUAUGUCUGCAUUGUGAGGCAUCUGCGAGUGUGUUGUAAUACUGUUAUUGUUCUAUCCCUGCCAUCAAGUGUCCACACAGGCCAGCUCCUGGUAUUAAUGUCCCACCAAGGAAAAGUAAGAGCUCAGCAGAAAACUGUUGGCUCUUUGCAGGGGCAGGCAGCACAAUGUAGGCCUGUGUGUGUACGUGUAUGCCAGAGGAGAAGAAAGCUGUCCAGGAGAGCCGGAGGAGGAGGAAGAAGAGGAGGAGAUUUUUUAACAAUGUAGUCUUGCAAGGAGAUCAGCAACUCUCCAAACCAGGGCAGCAAGGUGAAAUGAGACAAAGAUGAGGCACGAUAGAGCGAGCGCAGGAGGGAACGAGAGGAUUUUGUGCAGAGUGGAGAAUCACUGUAGGCCGCACGGCCAGUGUAACACGCACCUACACGCACAUAAAACCCCAACGUCCGCACUCACAGGCAGCCAGUGCGUGAGCAGGCAGCUUGCCUGGUAGGAUUUGGGUGGGUUUUUUUUAGCCUGAUGGGGCGAGUGUGACCUCACGCGUGGCCUGGUGGGUAAGUCUCUCAAAGCUCUGGUAAACACUGCAGUAAUCUGAGGAGGGGGAAGGGGGGGAAAGGUAGGAAGGAAGGAAAUGAGAGAAGGAAGGUAGCAAGGGGAGACAGAAUACAAGGGAUGGAUGUAGGAAGAUGGCUGUGAGAUGGUCCGGCCUACAGGCAGUUUGGGGGUGGAUGCGUGUGGGCAGUAUGGUGCCUUGUAUGCGCACACGCAUCCACAAAUAUACAUCCAUCUGAUUCUCUUCCUGAAAGAGUCUUUCAUAGUUUCUCCACAAACUUUUUUCUGGAGACCUUGUGUCAGCAGUUAACCAGACAAAUAAAGACAGUAAAUCCCUUAAAAAUUCAAAGAAAAGCACCUAUAGGAAGAGGACAAGACGAGCCGACUUAAGAUUGAUUUGGAGAAAUUAUCAGUUGACCUGUACAAAGAAAAAUAUCUAAACUAAAUCGAGAACAUCAGGAUAGAUUCUUUUAAAAAUGUUCGUGUUCGUAUUUGGUGCCUAAAGUGUUAUGAUGGCGUGAAACAAGUGUCAUUGUGUUGAGUGAAUGCUCAGUUUUAUUUCUCGUCUAUGAGUAGAGUGAAUGUGAAAAGUGGCUGGCUGCUGCAUUGUCUGCUGCAACAUUCUGUGUGUUUGUCAGUGUGUGCGUGUAAGAAGGGGUAAAGAGAGACAGGGUGAGGCAGACCAUCUACUCUGAGCACCACCCUUAAACCUCUGUCCCUGAAAGUAUUUACUGGUGUCUGUUGUUAUUUAUUGCAAAACGCUGUUGCAAAAUUUCUCCUAAGUCCAGUUUGUUCGUCUCCUGCAGACAAAAUCUUUCUCUUUGUUAUUAAUGACAAACCUCUAAACCUCCAGGACUAGGCAGUCCCCUCUUCCAGGGGUGUAGCUUGAUCCCAGACCUCUUCAUCACAGCCGACAUUUCCACUUAUUUGAGAGGCUUUUGAGCAGGCCUGGUGUUGCACUCAUUGUUGGGUAUUCAACCUAAUUCGAGGAGAAGUCGACUCUUUAGAACUUGUAGGUUGGGACAAAAAAGGCAUGCUUUAUAUUUGCCUUUCAGCCUUUUCUUCCAAAAAGCUCUUUCGCCAAGGAGACUGCUGUUGUGGUCCCGUGUGAAAAACCCCAAAUUUAACCCAAACCUUCUUUUUCUUAACUAAGCCAAUCAGUCUUGAUGCUUGAUGCUUGGAGGAGAUUCUGAAAACCUGAUAAAACAGACAUUUUUGGUUUAACUUAGGCAGUUGACCUACUCAUUCACUUCAGCUUAGUCCCUCCUCAAACUUUGACACUAUAUUUCCUCCACAACCUGAAGGAUUCCUUCAUGAAGGUCUGAAGGUAAGCUUAGUCUUAUUUAUGACGGAGCUACCUAGCUAAAAAGUGGUAGAGAAAAUGGCUGAAAAACUGUAGAGCUUAACUGUGGUCCGCACAUUUAUAUACGACAAUUUAAAUGGUCAUGUAGAGACAACAACAGUCAAGUUAGUAUCUUAACUUGCACCAGUGUAUUAGAUAUUGUUUUUUAAAGGGGUUUAACUGUCUUACUAUGUGAAGACCGACAUCGUGCUCACAGGAAGCCGUUCCUUAGCUCUUUCUGGUUAUAUCUGUUUUCACCAACCCGUAAACUACCAGUAUGGAAGUUGAGCUCAGCAUACGUUCAAGUUGAUGGUUGAUCCAUGACCUGACACAGUAGCCGCCUGAUAAUUAAAGUAUUUCUGAUCUACUCCAGAAUAAUAACCUGGUCUCAUCAAUGUUUUAAGCUUUGAUCCAUAGCACAAUGUUUGUCCUUCCAGGAGCCUCUUGACUCACGUAUGUGUCGACCAAAGCAAUUCUAUGUAGGCCAGCAGACAUUUUUAAGCCAUUUGCAUAUUUGCAUUAUGCUACAAGCACCUAUCUAUGUAGGACUUUGCAUUUUAUGUGUUUUAAUGUUACUGAAUUUUAAAUAUUUGGUUAGGGUUAGCCACUGCAACUCCUACUCUUGCCCAUACAGUCAUGGUGUUUGAUGGUGCUCUUUGCCCACAAAGUUGAACACACCAACAUAAGCCGCCUGGUCUUCCAUCCUCUUUCCUUUCAUGCGGUAUCCUAUCCUCUGUCCUGAGCAAGAAUUCUACUAUGCCUCCUUUUUUUUGUACUUAAAAGGGUAUUCAGUUUCAUAGCAACCGAAGCGCCUCAGCUCAAAAACCGUUGCACCUCCAAAGCGCUCUUAAGGGUUUUCCACCUGGCAUCUCUCCAGUAAGGGGAAAAACACUUUGGACACACUGCUUCAAAUUACUAGAGAGAGACAACUGAUGGACGGUUUUUUGUGUAGUGGUUACCAUGUUGACCUAAUGGCAGUUAUAUAUGCAUUUCCUUCACUGUGUAGGAGCAAUGGGUUUGAACAUUUAAGAUCUAUAUUAUUAAAACAAGCUUUAAAAGGCUUGUAAUGUUAGUUCAACAACUUUUGAAGGACAGUUGAAGAUAGGUGGGUGUGACGGUUAUUUAAAUCAAGUGGUUAAAACCUAAACUGGUUUAUCAGAUUUUUAAAAAUGACUUAUUUGAGUUUUUAUGAAGUAUAGUCUCAAUUCUAUCGUUUGAUUGAUGGAUUUUUAGAAGAGUCUUAAGUCGGGAUGAGUUAUGAAGUGAAGGGAUAACUCUGUAAAAUAGAAUCAAGAGAUGAAUGUUGCCAACUGCUUGCUUCUCUAGUUAUACCAACUUGUCAACCGCACGAUAGCAAUACACAGCAGUUUGCAGAGCCAUAAACAAACUUCAACCAAAAAGCCACUCUAUAGCCACAGAUAAUGCUCAGAACAGCACCUAACUUCAUCAACAAUACAUAAAGGGUCCUAGCCAUAGCACUAGCCACCAAACAUCUUUUUAACUUUGCCUAGUUUCUUCAGCAGAGAGACCAAACACAACUCACCAACACCCUUCCAGCAGCAGCUUGUUUGUAGCGAGACCUCGGGCCAGUCUAUUAUGGACUGCUGAGGGGUGACGCAGCUCAAGGAAGAACAUUUCUGAUCAUUUGUUGCUAUAGAGUGGCAUUUUGGAUAAGGUUUCCUGAGACUGCUGUGUAUUGCUAUCGUGCGGUCGUUACUAAAGUUUGUGUAACUAGAGAAACAAGCAGUCGGCAACAUUCAUCUCUCAAGGGGGUGUCUAACUCAGUGUCACGGUGUGUUUGACCCUAACUUAAUUUUAUGCCGGAAUAUCCCUUUAAGAUUGCUUUGUGUCUGUUUUCUUCAAUUUGAUGGAUGACUCAGAUUAUAUUGUGUUUUAACAGCACCGUUUGCAGACAUCAGGAAAAUAUGUGUCAUGAUAAGUGAUCUGGUUGUCUAUGGCGUCACUCUUGGCAGCCACAGUCGAUAACCAUUGACAAAGGGUUUUGACCAAUUAGAAUUGAGUAUUUAACACAGCCUGGUGAUUAGUAAGAGAGCCAAGAAGCAAAUACUUGAUCCUCUUUUGUCUCUGGGUACUUACUAAGGUGGGAUUUUUACGCCCAUGUUACGCCUCGUAUGCAAUUUGCAACCUGUAGAGGGCGGGGCUAGGCCGCUGAGUAGCGUCAAAGCUGGCAGUAUAGAACAGUGCAGCGUUUCUAAGCAUGUCUGUGUGUGUAAGUGGCACUCCUGCCGUGUGUUAAUGAACCACGCGUUUUGUGCCUCCACCACGAUGUAAUGCGAUGUGUAACCACACACUAGGAUGCCAAUAUUACGCCGUUUCAGGAUGCUAUGUGUAAGGCGUAGUGAUGGCAGAAGUCUGUCCCAGCACUAGUGGGGAAUUACAGUGUGAAAGAGGCUUCUGUGUUAAAAGCAGGAACCACGAUUGUGUCAGAUUUUGAAAACUACAUUUAAGGAUCUUUCACUGCAGCUCAGUAGAUAUUAGCAAGGAGAACACUUACAUACAAGAAACAGUGUGUUCUAGGAAAAAAGAGCCUCUUGAUGCAUCUCUACCCAAAAAAUACUUUGAGUUUUCGGGUUGAAGUAACCGUCCAAAAGAAAGUGCUGUUAUGUUACAGUUUUGAUGUGAACUCUCCGACUGAUCUGAGUCCUUAAGCCUUCCAUCAAAUGUCAGUUUCGUAUGUUUGGCGGAGAGGGAAGGGUAGGGGUAGAGGUUGGGGCAGUAGGACGGGGUAGGGCCGGAGAGUGUGCCGGGUCCUCUCCAUCCUUCUCAGCUGAUGUAAGAUGGCUGUGGGCCCGCCCCGUAGCAAAGCAGAUGGCCAAUUAGAGAGCAGCAGGAAGUGCCAGUAAUUACCCUGCAGCCCUCUCUUUCCUGUCGUCUUCUUCUACCACACACUCUCGCACCAACAAAUAAGGAGAUUGAAUGAAUUAGUGAGUGCUGCAGUGACACUGCACCAGGGUAGACGGUAGUACACAAACACACUUACACACACACACACACACGCACACGCACACAGGGGAGCUGUGAUCCUCCUCUAGCAAAUGGACGUUCCAUGUAAUCCUCCCUCCUUCUCUCUCUCUGUCUGUCUGUCUCUCGGUCUUGCGUCACCGGUGUAAUUAGAAGGAGGUUCAGGUCUCUCCCUUAUUCACUGACUUUCUCUCGGAUGAGGAAAAUCUAUACCUGCAGGGAGAUGAAGGGAAGGCUAGAGGAAGAUGGACAGAGCCUAAAAACACAAUGACUGCAGUGUUAAAGCUCGUCCAGGUAAGCAACAGGUUAGAGAAAGGCAGGGGAAGAAUGGGGCAGACGUGACAUCCAGAGAAGGUGGAGAUUGCUGCAGAGAGUGCGCCCUAAUUAUUCCUGUACGUUCUUAAAUAUGUAAUGCUUUUGUAGAAGAACAGUUGGGUAAGGUGACAGCUGAUUGCUCAGCAACAGCAUAUGAAUUUUAUCUGCGGUUGUUGCUGCACUGGGGAAAUGAAUGCAAAUCUAAGAGAGCCUGCCUCUGUGUGGUGCAAUCGCACUAGAGCUGCUGGGUUGGAGUCAGCUCGACCACAGCGAUAACCCGCAUGUUUCCACACAUACACACGCACACACCGGAGCCACGCAGGAUCCUCACCACAGUUCUCACACACGACCUUUGACCUGAGCUACAUGGCUCGAAAAGUGACAAGAGGGAGCAGUUUAACAGUUUCAUGUGGUUGACACACUGACAUCUUGUACAAACAGGCGUACAUACUGCUACAGGAUUCAGUCAAAUCCCCAACAAGGAUGUUUGUUUGGACAUGAGUGUGUGUGCGUGUGUGUGUGUUACGAGCGUCCCAUCCAAGCCUGAAGAGCAAACACUCCAAUGUUUUGUCUAACUGUGCUUCACACUAACCCUUUACACAAACACAUAGACACACAUACUCUGGCAAGCGCAACUCCACACAGCCUGCUUUGUAUCCACAAACAGUUUAAUACUCUUAAAUCAAACUAUACACGCCAUGAGGUCAACGGUAUUUUACUGAAAUGCACCUGUUACCUCUCAAAGGCAAAUGCAGCCACUUACCUUAAACAAAGUGGUUUACUCUGAGGUCAGAGUCACGGCCCGAAACAUUUGCCUUUAAAUACACAAAACAAAUCGAUGUGGCACAAAUAAGCUCUCGCUUUAUCAAUAUUUGCAUUGACAUACUUAAUUUAGCGGUGUGAUCAAGCUGUCUCAGUGACUGAUGCUUCAAUAAACAAUCAUUACAAAGGAAACACGGGUGAGUCAGUGGAAGUUUAAUAACAGUCAGCAAGUAUUCACACGCAAGGUUUUACGACUAGACGUUGCCUCAGCCUCUUUAAGGGACUGUUUAUAUUAAGGGUGGGACGGAAUAUUGAUUUCGUAGUACAUCAUCUCAACCUGUGAGCUGUCCCAUGGCUGGUGCCACAUAUUUAUAAUUUAGCAUUGUACUGUGCUAAACGUUAUUGCAUCGUAUCAUAUGGUAAAGGAUUGUAUCCUGUAUCAUAUCAAAUUGUGGGUUAUAGAGCCUGACCGAUAUGGAUUCUUUGGGGCAGAUGCCGAUACCGAUUAUUAGUGGGGGGAUCUGAUCACCGAUUAAUCGGCCGAUUUUUUGAAAUUUUAAAUUAAGUUAUAAAUUUUUUUUAUACUGCAGAUAUCUACAGUAGAUAUCUGCAGUAUACUAUAUAGUGUAGAUAUACUGUAGGCUACUUGUCUCAACGCCAACAAAAAGACCGACUGAUCAAACUCGGACCAUAAAAGCGUUUUCUCCGCGUCGUAACUCAGAUUACACAUUUCCGGUCCGAUCUCAUCUGGAGACAUGCAGCUGCCUCAGUAAGAGAAGUAACUCGAUCACGUAAUGUGUACUGUUGUUUAUUCUACCGUUACUGGCACGGCUAACAGUGUAGCAAGGCUAAUAGCAGGUGGCUAACUCUAACUUUAGCUUGCAUAUUACAUGGUGCUUCACCGUUAACUCGGCGUGACCGAGACCGGCACAGCAGGGAACAUCGUGAAGAAGGUUGAACUAAAACUUGUUGACUUAUUGUGUACUUCACAAAUUGGUUUAUUUACCGCUGAGGUGGACCACUCUCCUCCAUGCGUCCCUGAGCUGCCUGCUUCAGAUCCUUCACUCUGCUGUGCUGUGAGGUCAUUAGCGGGUGAAGAUUGUCAUGAUGUCGCUGCGCCAUCUACAGGAUAAGUCGGGGAACUUUUCAAAUGGUGGAACAUUUUCAAAGUGAAACCGGAUCUUAUUCUCCGCAUUUUAUUUCUGUAAAUAUAGGUGAAAAUCAGCGAAUUUUGGUCGAUAAAUCGGUCGGGCCCUAGUGCAUUAUAUAUUAUCACAUUGUAUUGUAUCAUAUUGUGUAAUGUAAAAUUUGAUAAUUCAUUGAGUACUUAGAAUAAAAAUAGAAAAAAUGAGAGUCAAAGAUUGCCUCCCCUCUGACUCAAAGAACAUGAUUAAGUGCUUAUUUGCUACAUAUACAGUAAGUGAAUGCGCUGACAGCACUGGCUGCAUUAAACUGGUUGUAAAUGUAAACUGAGCAAUGGCAUGAUGGGGGAAAAAGGUCUCUGCAUUGUCAGCGCUAAUGACCCAUAGCUAGCUUUGUGUGGUCACAAAGUUUUAUUAGUUUUACCAUAAACCUUCACUUACGCCAGUGAUUGCAGAAAGCAAAGCAGAGCGUGUAAAAGUCGAGUGGAAUUUACUUCAUGAAAUUUGUCUGUUUUGUGUUUUAAGGGUUUGGUUGUAUAGGUCCACAAUAACCCUGAUGUCAUCUACCGCCCACUUCUUCUCUGUAUCUCUUUCCCUUCCUACCAUUAAACAGAGUGGCAUAAAUAAUACAAACAAAGACAUGAAUUAGUGCUUUUGAGAGGUUAGAAAAAACUGCAUCCACCUAUAGCAGUGUCAGAAUUGUUAAAAUGAAGGAUUUGUCAUUGUUUACAUUAUUUAUUUUGUAUCCAGUAAAUAAAAAGCACUUGUGCAAAAAACAUGUUGUCUUAAAAUUGCUCUACUGCACUUUGUCUUUUAACGAACUCUGUGUAAAUGCUGACUUUUCUCUCCUCAGACCAUCAGAAACUGGAGAGGGAGGCUCGUAUCUGCCGUCUGUUGAAGCACCCUAACAUUGGUGAGUUCUCGAGCCCGUCGUUACACAUGUCAAUAUUGUUUCUCUUCUUUUUGCUCAUGCACUCAUGUUAAGGAUCUUAGUUUGAGUUUAAAACAGUUGAGAUGCUGUGUAACCAUCACUCAUUCGAAACGUCAGUUAAGCUGGUCUCACCGCACAGCUCCUGUCAUUUAUGGAUGUUGGUGCAGAGAGCAAAGCUUUAAAGGCACACGGGGAAUAAAUAGAGUUGCAGGUUUAAGUCAGAUUGCAGGGCGCGCCUGUCGGGAUUGGCAGAUGGGAAGUGAUUGGAAAAGAGUUGCUGUACAUUAAGGAGCUGAUUCACUCGUUCUGAUUGACAGGAUUCAGCAUCACAGAGUGUUGACUUACAGCUCUACCAGAUUUCAUCCUCUAAUCUUUUGUAUCUUUUAGUCUGGGACAUCUUAAAUUAUCAGACUGAUCUAGAGCAGUCGUGAUCAAUCUGAAAUUUUACGGUCAAUGAAUUUGGUUGAGUGAUCUAAGACAGCAUUGACGGCCUUUCUAAAGUGAUCAGAGGCUGGUUCCCUUUCUUUAAAUAUCUUGAAACACUCACCAGCCUUAUUCAACUGUUUGUAAAUAUGAGAUUAUUCAAUCAAAAGCUUGACAUGAAAAUACAAAGUUAUGACUGCCCUUACUGAAUGCUGUUUGGCACCAGCCUCUUUCAUAAUGGAAAUGACAGUAAGCACUAAACCACAAUUAAAUAUCCAUAAAGUUCGAGGGCUCCAACAGUGAGUUAUAGUGAUAGUGUCUGCCGGCUUCAUCGUGUUGACAGCAUUUUUAUUACUACUUUACUGUAGGAUCCGGACGCUAAUAGCUGCUGACUGCUAAUUGUGAUUUAAAUUGUCUCGAGUCUCGACCAAGUCGGUCGUCAUGAUGACAGAAACUUCACUCACAUCAGUGAUAUCCAGACCGAGGGCUCGCAGAAGGUUUUCUUCCUCUUGCUAACAGUGUCGCUGCAGAUCUCUUCUCUGCCAGCUCAGAUUAAACAGACUUAAUUACACCAAAAAAAAUGUCCUCUCUGUUCUCUGUGCGGUUUUAUCACUCUCUUGACCAUUCUGAUAGCACAGACUGUAACAGCCUUUUAAUGGUGGAAAUGUGGACCACAUCGCAGAGAUGAUUAAAGAAUGGGACACACUGCCCUGUAAUAGUGAUGUCCUGAGAAGAAGGGUGGAGAGGGGCAUUAGGGCAAAAUCAAUGACACCUUUCCCUCUGCCCUCCUCCUUAUUUCUCAUUCCUCGUGUCCUAGUUUUCUGUCCCUCAGGCGCUCAUUCGCCCCUUGCCUACUUUCCCUUCCCCGUCUCUGUAUAGAUUUUUCUCUCCCUCGUGUCCUUCCUCCUCUUUUUGACAUAUUUUGGCAUGAACUGCGUUCAAACUUUGGACAAAAGAGGGCACAAAAAAGAGAGACAGAUGGAGAGACGAGAGCAGGAGGAGUAGGAGACAGAUGGAGGGAGAGCGAGAAGAUGGGAGGAGGAGGAAAGAGCAGUCGCUCUUGUUUCUUGCUGCAGGGCCAUCCUACUUCAUCUUAUUAUACAACUGAUAUUCACUUUACAUAAGGCUAAGUGUGGCUCCCUGACACUAAACCUAAGCUGUAUCUCAGGCCUCUCUGCUUACAGCUGGCCUCUGCUGCUUGUUUGCUGCUCUGUUAUUCUGCUGUUGUGUUGUUGUGAUGACAGGAGGGCUCAGAUAGUCACUGCUUAACCACAGUAUUAUGCGAUUAUGAGCUCAUUACUGUACUUUCCACCUGAAUUCUUCUACUCCUCACACAAGGCUUCUUAUCUCUGUCAGUAAUCAGGUGUGUUACUGUUAGGAGAAUUAGUCUUUUGCAAACAUAACAUUUCCAAGACUGAUGAAUCAUGCCGACAUCAGUUGUUUGGUAAUUUGACUUCGCAAGUGGGAGUUUUUAAACCUGAUGCUGAAUUUUUUUUGUUUGAGCAGUUUUAAUAAAAAAUAGGUUCAGCAACAAAACUAUGACUACAAGUAGGGGUGAGCAAUAUAUGGCUUUAAGGUUAAUAUUUUAAAGGGAUAUUUCGGUGUAAAAUGAAUUUAGGGUCACACAUCGUUACACCAAGUUAGACACCUCCGUGAGAGUUGAAUGUUGCCGACCACUUGCUUCUCUAGUUAUACCAACUUCCGCGGAGCCAUCAACAAACCUCAACCGAAACGCCACUCUAUAGCCACAAAUAAUACUCAGAACAGCACCUAACUUCAUCAACAGUACAUAGCACUAGCCACCAAACGUCUAGCAAAGAGACGAAACACAACUCACCCACUCUCUUCCAGCAGCUGCUUGUUUGUAGCGAGACCCCUGGCCAAUCCAUUACAGACUGCAGCGGGGUGACGCAGCUCAAGGAAGAACAUUUAUGAUAAUUUCCUUGAAGUAAUAAUCAUCAUAUGAAUCAUUUUGCACUGCAGACGUGGUAGUUCAUCUGCCUUAGCGUCUCGGUCUGAUUGCAUUUUCACGAAGAAAUGAUCAUAAAUGUUCUUCCUUGAGCUGCGUCACCCCGCUGUAGCCCGUAAUGGACUGGCCCGAGGUCCCGCUACAAACAAAUUGCAGCUGGAAGGGAGUCGGUGAAUUGUGUUUAGUCUCUUUGCUAAAGAAACUAGGCAAAGUUAAAAAGAUGUUUGGUGGCUAGUGCUGUGGCUAGGACCCUAUAUGUACUGUUGAUGAAGUUAGGUGCUGUUCUGAGCAUUAUUUGUGGCUAUAGAGUGGCGUUUUGGUUGAGGUUUGUUAAUGGCUCCUCAGACCGCUGUGUAUUGCUACCGUGCGGUCGUUACUAAAGUUGGUAUAACUAGAGAAGCAAGCGGUUGGCAACAUUCAUCUCUCAAGGGGGUGUCUAACUCGAUGUUACGCUGUGUUUGACCCUAAAUUAAUUUUACGCCAGAAUAUCCCUUUAAUGGCUGUUUUGCAAAUUGACAAUACCAAACUUUUACUCCUUUUGUAAAACUGAUCAAAACACAUCGCAGGAGCUCACACGUUCAACUGUAUUUGUUCAAGCCUCAUAGGAAAGACUGCUUUGCCUGCAGAGUUUUCACACCUCACAACAAGCUAAACUAGUGUAGCUGGCUAUGUGGUUGAAGGUAAACAUGUGUGAACAAACAGCACCAGGUCACAAAACACAAACAUCAGCAGCCUCAAAAUGGAAACUGUUGGAUUAUAUCACCAGAUGUGACUCGUUCGUAUGUGUGAGGUGGUUUCGAUUCAUUAAGACAGAUGUUGCUCAGAAGACGCCAGUCUGCGGUUGCCAUUUUGACGGCUGACUUGUUUCACCAUCUGCAUAGACUGUGAGGAAUAUGAUAAGCUUCAGUGGUCAGUGGUUGACCGCGACCAGCCAGUUAGCGAACCGAAACACAAAAACACACUCUGCAAACCUGAAACGGUUUACUCAUAACUGCACAGUUUGAUCUUGAUACCUGCUCUGUUAGCCUGUAAAAAGCCUGUAUUUAAAUACUCUGAAACUCUAAGACACUAGCUGUCAUCUGUGCUUCGUAACAUCCAGGUGGUAGAGCAUUAAAGCCAGCAUUCUAGCUAAUAACACAUGGCUGCUCUUGACAUCCAGGUGGUAUUUUAUCUUCAGUAAUAAAUCAUGUGAUUAAGUAGUAAUUCUAGUAAAUGUUUAAGCGAACUUUCAGUUUCAGUCCACUUUUGGAAGAGUUGAGUCACAGACAAUAUGGUCCCUCUCUUCUUAAAGCUGAGUUUUGUGUUCUUUUUCACGUUUUUCAUACUUGUUGACAUACAUGAAAAAAAAUCUCACCAUGUUUGGGGUUUAAGUAAAUGGCAGGUACUCGCCUAACAACGAGAAGCGCUACCCAAAACGUCACAGCCACGGCUGACAUUUUCCUCAGCUUGGCCUUGGUUCAUUUCUCCCUUCAAACACUGCAGCACUUCUCUCCUUCUUUUAACCCGUCUCCUGUUUUCAUAUCUCCAUCUCACUGCCCUUCCUCUCUCCCGCAGUGAGACUCCAUGACAGCAUUUCAGAGGAAGGCUUUCAUUACCUAGUCUUUGACCUGUGAGUAUAUUCCACGCUCACACGUGCACACUCACUGUGACAUUUUAUUCAUGCGUGUGACCACAUUUUUUGUUUGUGUAUGCUAACAUCUCCUGCCUCUCCUGUCUCUUUCUCCUUCCCUCCCUCCUCCUUUUUUCAUUCCUCCCCUCUCCCAGGGUGACAGGAGGAGAGCUGUUUGAAGACAUUGUAGCCAGGGAGUACUACAGUGAGGCUGAUGCCAGGUAAGCGGCUCCAUAUGAACAUAUGAACACACGCUCUGCUGCUGCAAACAUACAGUGUAAUCCCAUUAAAUAUAUGAAUGCUCACUCUCAUUUUAUGAGCGUGAACCCACAGGCGCACAGUGGUGGAUAUAAUCGGUUUGCCUGUGUUCUUGGCAGCAAACGCACCCCCCCCCUCAUCAACAAGUGUGUUGUGAUACUGGUCUCUCAUCUCUAUUUGACUAGAUGCGUCACUCCAUCCUACAUCUACAUAGCCCAGCAAACUGAUCACACACCGCUUUAUGAAUUCUGACAAAAAUCACAGUUUUCUGCUCAUUUGUGGGAUUUAUUCUUUCACAUUGGUUAUCCGUGGGGUUUAGCCAGCUGAUUGCACAGAACAUGCAAUUCGAAGACGUCAUCCUCCUGGCUCCCGUGGCGCAGCAUUGGGCAUUUUACACCACAUUCUGACAUUUUGUCGACAUUGUGACAUUUAAGCUUUCUCUCCUUCCUCGCCGCAUCUUCCUUCUGGGAGUUCCCCUCCUUUUUUUCCUGUGGCUGUGUGGUGCGCAGCUUAUGAAGUCUGUUGUACAAUUGGAUUAGGGGUCUUUGUCUGUUCACGCACACACGGAGGGGGGUUGAAAACACACAAACAGAAAGGAAGCCACGUGCGGCGAGCCCCCGCCUCUCUCUCUUUCUCUCUCUCUCGCUCGCUCUCUCUAGCUGUGCCCUUUGACCUGUUAACCUUUCUGGAGACGUGACAUGAACACGAGCCUCAAAUAGUGGGAUGGUGGAGCCUGACACCACAGUGUGCAGGACAGUAAUAAGGUGGUCGUGUACUGGCUCGUAGGAACAUUUUAUAAGACCCAUCAUGAGCCAACACACUCACCAGCGAGCGAGUGUGAAAACACGCUCGGCAGCCAGAAUUGAAAAAUAACUGUAUUAGUAGCAGCUGAAUUGACGCCCCCAUUAUUAAAAUUGCUACCAGGAUAGAGAUUUAUUGACUGUGUGGUGUGAGGCCUCCCACAUCAGUUGCUCAGUAUUGAUUGUUUAAAACUCCGGGACUUUGAUUAUGCUUUUGAAAAAUAAUAGUGGUUGUUAAGUUAAUGUCUGUUAUGCCGCUCAGCCUGGUGGUUGAAAUGUCUGUUAAUCAAAGGUAUAUUUUUACACAAAGCCAUAAAACUGUCACUGUCAGUGAAAUGUUGUCCUGCAUUGGCUCAAAGUUGUUCAAUAUACAGAGAUACAGAAGUGAUCAUCACAGUGUGGAAACUCUCCAAGAUGAGACUGGUCAGCACUUCUGCCUAAAAAUGACAAAACUAUGGUCAUAAUACUGUUUUUGUGCAGCCAUAUUUCUUCACUAAUAGACCUGUGUCCCACUGAGGUACAUUAUUAUGUGGUACUGUGUGGUACAGGGGUAGUAGGGCCUGGCCGAGUUAUCGGUGAACCAAUUAAAUCCGCCAAUUUUAGCCCGUUUGAGAUUUAUCGGUAAUCAGCCAAAACUUGCCAAUUUUUGUCGAUCUUUUCAGAAAUAAAAUGUGGAGAAUAAGAUUCGAUUUCACUUUGAAAAUGUUCCGCCAUUUGAAAAGAUCCCCCAACUUAUCCUGUAGAUGGCGCAGCGACCCCAUGACAAUCUUCAUCCGAGUGACAGAUCUUAAGCAAAAAGCAGUAGGGACGCACAGAGGAGAGUGGUCCGCCUCAACAGUAAAUAAACCAGUUUGUGAAAUACACAAUAAGUCAACAAGUUUCAGUUCAACCCACUUCACGAUGUUCCCUGCUGUGCUGGUCUCGGUCACGCCAAGUUAACGGUGAAGGACCAUGUAAAAUGCAAGCUUAAGUUAGAGUUAGCCAUCUGCUAUUAGCCUUGCUACACAAUUGGUAUCGGCAUCGUCCCCAUAAAAUCCAUAUCCGUCGGGCCCUAUUAUACAGAUGUGCAGAUCCACAUCAGUGAAGGAUCUUAACAUUAAAGGUCUCUGAAUCCAAAAAUAAAAAGUCACACAAACCAGUCAAAUCCAAACUGUGACUCUGUUUGGAGGCUCUGUUGUGUUUUUCUGCAUAUUCAAUCUCAGUAGAUUCAGAUGUUACCGUUUUACCUUUGAUGAGAGCCAUGUGAGUUGGUUGGCUGUAAUCCCGUUUAGAAAUCAAGUCCUGUAAACUUUCAAAAGUAAGCGUUUCAGCAUGCUUCCAAGGAGCGACAACACGCCUAUGAUCAUUAUGAGUGAUAUAAAUUUAACACUUCACAGUGACUUAGACUUGAUCCUCUCUGAUUUAAUCUGCUAUAAUAAGGGGAUAAUGGGAUGUUGAUGUUUCUUGACAGUAGCUACAUUGACAAAGAGUGCCUGCAGUGUCUGCAGUUAUGACCUGUUCAGUUUUGUAAUUGGACUCAGACAUCAGCUGAUGUCAGCAGAUGUCAGUCGAUUAUUUCAGGAUGCCAGAAAUCAGUCUGACCAAUUAAUCGUUCCAUCUCUACAUCUGAUGUUAUUUUUUUUUGCUUAUACUAUUCUUAACAUGUGUAAGAAGUGUUUUCUGACUAAAACAUAGUUUCUUUAAAGGUGAAGUGUCACUCGGUGUAUGGAAAAGUCUAUGGCUGUUUCUCGUAUGUCGGUCAUCAACCUUCUGCUUGUUUUUUUGUUUUUUUUUAAGUUAGAAAGAGGAUUCUCUGUUAACAGCUGAAAGCUUCUCACAGGAGCUUUGGGAAAUGUUAAAAUUGCCUUUUUUUAUUGUAAAAUAUAUCAAAUGGAAGCAUUUACUGCAAAGAAAAUUGCAGAGUCUGAAUUCAUCCUGAGAAUGCAGGGAAAGUGAUUUUUUUACCCAAAACAAUUUAUUGUGUUUGUUUUGGGUAGAGUGGUCAUGCUUUCACACCAUGUUGAUGAAAUCAGAUGAAGCUCGAGCUUGCCAUCAGCUCCCCUCAGAUAAAUUGGCGUCAAUUAAAGGUGGAAAAAAGCAGUUUUCAGAUUUGUUUUGGAAUCAUGAAAGAAAUGCUGCAAACACAACAAUCAGGUAAAACACAGAGAACAGAAGGUAGACAUCAGAAACUAUAGCUAAUGAUUCAAAUGUAUUCCUGCUAUCUGUACUAAUGUAAUCAUAUCUCAUAGUUUUAGGUUGGCAUUCAGGUUUAAACCAGAUUAUAUUCCACUGGUCUCAAAGAAAACACUCUAACCAGUCCAUGUGAUGUAUUUGAUUUUGUGAUGGAGGAGGGCAGCGACUGACACGUCUCUCUCUCUGUUUUGUCCCCUUUUCUCUCUCCGUAGUCAUUGCAUUAGUCAGAUCUUGGAGAGUGUCAAUCAUAUCCACCAGCAUGAUAUUGUGCACAGAGACCUCAAGGUGAGUGGCUGCCCGUUGCCGUGACAACUACACACUCACACACACCUCUGCUUGUGGCCAUGGCAACACACAGAUGGCUCUCAGUUUCUCUCCCUCUCUAUCUCUCUUUUGUCUUUUUCUCUUUUCUGCUUUUAUCACUUAUCAUUUCCCCCCCGCAUCCCUCUCUCCCACCCUUUGUUCCUUUUUUUUUCUUCUUCUUCUUCUUCCUAAAUUCAUCCGCCUGUUCUCAGAUGUGUCAGCACAUCAUCGGCGGCGUGUCUGUUUGCGCGCGUGCGAGCGUGCACGUGCGUUUAUGUGGAGCGCAGAGAUGGUGAGUCACGAUCACGUGCAGGGGUCGGUCUCUCACCUAUGGCAAGGAAAAGACAAGGACUCGAGCGGCACAUGAACACACUUUGUGCUUUUGUGCAGGAGGGGGUCUAUUAUAAGAGAGGAGGCAUAGAUAAACCUCAUGGGUUGCCACGACAACCGGAGUGACAUCACACCACCCAUAGAGCACUAAAGGAGGGGCUUGUAUCAUCCUUAAUAGCUGAUAGGCUGAGAUCGAAAGAGUGGAGGAAGACAGCUUUUCUGCCUCCUUCAGUUCUGUGCUUAACCUACUUAAAAGUGAUGAUCACGGCCCAGGAAGGAAACUCGGCUGAUGAUAUGAAUUGAAUUGUAUGUUUUCAAACACAAACCGCAAAGCAUGAGGGGAAAACAGCCUCAAAGGGGUGUGUCAGACUCAUGCGAGCGGCUUUUCUAUGUGUGUGUGUCAGAGAAUAAUGCUAUUACCUCGAGCACCGCCUGUCUGAUUUGUUGGCCUUUUAUCCUGAGUGGGCUUUUACUGCGGCCAUUUAUGUCCCACUGCCCAAACAACGGCCAUUUAGAACGCCGCCACACACGCCGCCUCUCGCUAAGUACACUUUCCAUUUAGCAUGCAGUCUGCAGCGCUGCCUAAAUGACUCCCGAGUGGUUUCUAUGGCUACCGACCCAUGCCCAUAUAAGGCACUGUGGAGAUUCUCAACCACCCAUCCUCUCUCUCUGUCUCUUUCUCUACAUCCUCCGUGUUUCCAUCGCUUUCUCACACCUUUCCCCCCCCACCCCCACAUGAGCUGUGUCGAAUACAUCAAAUGUGAAUAUUUCUCAGAAAGAGCUUUACUGAAGAGUGCCUGUCACUAUCUGUCUCUCACUGUCUUGAUCUCUUGUCCUACAUUCUGCUUAACCAUGUGUGUGUGUGUGUGUGUCUUCCUCAGCCUGAGAACCUGUUGUUGGCCAGUAAGAUGAAGGGAGCUGCAGUGAAGCUGGCAGACUUUGGCCUUGCUAUUGAAGUGCAGGGAGACCAGCAGGCUUGGUUCGGUAAGAAAACAUAAACAGUGACUCCCACAAAUCAAAUGUGCCGGACCGUUAACUGAGCUGUUAUUCUGCUCGAGUGUUUAGCACUCCAUAGUUUCUGUGUCAAACAUAAGGAUCACUGCUGAAAAGGCCCUCAUUCAGACGGUAGGUCUGUGUACAUACAUAUGCAUACACGUCAGCCUGCACACUCGGAGGCCAAAUGCUCGUUGUCCAAGCGUCGCUUAAGAGGCUCACAGACACUCUUCCAGUUCAUGCUUAGGCCAUUGUGUCUUGGCAAACGGCCGAGCUGCCAGCAUUUGGCCGACUCUCCGGCAGGGAUGAGAUGAUUAAAGGGUAUUUGCUUGUGACUCUACACUGUCAUAAUCCGGAGUCCAACAGGUCACCAUCGUCCGAACCAUUCACAUUACUGCACAGAAAUAGCCUCCAUCACAAGUUUAAUAAGAGACAUCAGUUAAUUGCGUCUUCUGGUGUCUCUGUCGGCCAGGCUUUGCGGGCACUCCCGGGUAUCUCUCCCCUGAAGUCCUGAGGAAGGACCCCUACGGAAAACCUGUGGACAUUUGGGCUUGUGGUGAGUUUCAGCACUUCCUUUUUUUCACAUUUUCUAUAUUCUUGAUUUAUUUCAGGGCUGUCACAAUGUAUCAGUGUAACAUUUUUUGUGAACUUAGAUUUUAUUUGCAUUUUUUAACAGAAACAAGAUAUACAGUCAUACAAAGAAAAAUAUAAAUAAAAACAAACGCAAAACAUGGUGUCUUUCACAGAGAAGAGAAAAAAAUUGUCCAUGUAGCCUCCAUCAAAGUUGUCAUUUUUUUUAAAUAAUGUGAAUAGAUUUAUAUUUGUUCAAUUUUUCCCACUUUCUGGUGUUUGUUUCUUGUUGGAGUCGUAGAGUGUGUCCUAGUUUCUCCAUUUCAUAUAGUUCUUAUACCUUGUCUAACCAGUUUUUCUGAUUGGGUGGAUUCUCCUUACACCUUACAAUUCCUUGUGAUAGCCUUUUUUGAUGUAUAACAGUAUAACAGUUUGAAAAAUAAAAUAUUUAUAUUUAUAUUUUAAGAUGGUUACCAACAACGCGAAAUUACGAAAUAUUCGGAGGCGAAUUUUGACGCGCCUGACUAUACACAUAAAGCACGAUGCGAUUUUGCGGCUUUCCAGGGGGAAAAAAAGACACGGCCCGGGCGGAAGCGAGAAUACUGACCCAACAGCAGACUGACUGUUUUUCAGUUCUGAUUGGACACUAGUGUUGAGAUGACUGUCUGUCAUGAUAGCAUGUACUGAGUCAGGGCCAGUACCAGAUAAACACAUUAAACUAUAAUCCAUAAACUUAAGGUAACAACCGAGACCUAAUGGUGCUGUGACAGCAACACGAUUGCAAAUUGUGCAAAAUAUGCAAAACUUUAGAAAAUUCGACUGUGAUACGAAAAAAUAAAUGCCGCAAUAUCACAGGACGGGAAAACGUUGCUGAUGUGAACGCUUGUAUUGACAGGAUGCAGGUUCGUAAAAAAUAUUGACAUCCAAAAUAAUCGCACGAAAAAAACAGUCCUGUGUUUAAGGACCUUUAUAGUGGAGAUGAUGAAGAAGAAGCAGCAAUUGGUUAGCAGCGAGGUAGCUAGCUGUAGCAGCCCUCCUAAAGACAGGAAGUUUCUGCUGAAAAGGAUGACAUCUAAGUGAGUCAGGGACAUUUUUAAGUAGAGUCUGACGAGUAUUUUACCACCCCACCCUCGGUUAACCUUUCAUUGAUUUUACUGACUAAUUUCCUUGGUUGCAGUAAUGGUGAGGUGAAAUCGUUCCAGCCCUAACAUACCUAACAUCUAUUUCAUCAGAAACAGGUUAUUUAUGUUGAAAGCUGCAGGAUGCUGUAGCAGACAUAAAACCCUGUUUUGAUUUCCAAAGACAUUUCAAUCAGACGUGAAUCUAAAUGAGUGGGAAUAAUCAUUUUAACAACACCACUCUUAUUUUUAACACCCUGAAACUUUAAAAAAGACGAUGUGUCAUCUGUACCUGACAACAGUGAAUAAGAUCAGUAGCACAGUGCGUCUCUGCAGCACUGCAGCGCUUCAUUGUUAUGCACAUUUUUCUUGAAUCAUAAAAUUGCAGGUUGUGCACUGUAUAAUGCAAUGAAACUUUCCUAUUGUGCAACAUGACUUGAUAUAAAACUGCCUGUAUGACUAAAACUGUCUUUACGAUCAGAAUGAGAAUAAUUUUCCAUCCAGACGUGAUCUUUCUCUCAAUCUUUCUCCCCCUCUUUCUUCUCUGUCAGGCGUUAUUCUCUAUAUCUUGUUAGUGGGGUAUCCUCCAUUCUGGGAUGAAGAUCAGCACAAACUCUAUCAGCAGAUCAAAGCUGGAGCAUACGACGUGAGUCUGCAUUGUGUGUGCGCAUGUGUGCGUCUGUGUGUGGCUAAAGUGUUUAUUUGUGAAGGGUGCAGUGCAGGGGUUUGCUAAGCACUUUUUGAAUGUUUAAUAGUGUCCAAUUGAGAGCUGGUCCAAAGCUAUUGAUCCUAUCAGGGCCUCCCUGACGCAUUGCAGAGAGGGGUGUGUGUGUGUCUCUGUCUGUCUGUGUGUGAGGAGAGAGAAUCAGAGAAGGGGUAUCCUCCUCUCUUGGUCUCUGGAUAAUAAAGUCACAAUGCAGCUUGGAAAGAGAGAGAGACUGGCGAAGGCUCAAACAAGCAGGCUGUUUGUUUGGAAUUUAGUCAACAGAAGAAAAAAAAAAAAGGUUUUAAAACCCAAAACAGAAGCAUGUGUUCAUGCCUCUGUAUCAAUCUGCAUAAACAACAUUUAACAGUUUUGUUCUCGCCGCAGUCUAAUUUUGACUGAUUAACUCGGGACCUGGAGUCCAGAUGGUGUGGAUUAGCUAGAACACGAUGAUGCAAACUCUUAACAAGUCCCUGACUAAGCAUGGUUCAGAUCUGCAUUCUGUCCUCGCAACUUUCACCCUCAUCGUUGUCUUCAUUUUCACCCAGUUCCCUUCUCCCGAGUGGGACACAGUGACUCCGGAGGCAAAGAACCUGAUCAACCAGAUGUUGACUAUCAAUCCCGCCAAGAGAAUCACUGCCGAACAGGCCCUCAAACACCCCUGGGUCUGCGUAAGUAUUCACCCUCUCACUCUAACCGCUCAAAGAUAAUAGAAUCACACAGGCUGAUUCAAACAGGUGUGCAGACAGAGAUCUUCGUUAUCACAUUGUGUUCAUGAAUUCUCAGUACUGAGUCUGAUCGUAUGUGUUUCUCCGUCCUGCAGCACCGCUCUACAGUGGCCUCCAUGAUGCACAGACAGGAAACUGUCGAGUGUCUCCGCAAGUUCAACGCUCGCCGAAAACUCAAGGUAUCCAUCUUGACUUUUGAUCGGCCAACUUUCUGGUUUCUGAACUCCCCUCAGUUACAAGCAUAAUGCACCAAAUGUGUUCCUUUGAAUGUAUUUGAAUGAAGGGAUUGUCUCAUAUUAGGGAUUAAGUCACUUAAUGACAAAACAGUAUGUGUGUAUCACGACCUCAAUUCAGCAGAGUUAUGAAAUUGAAAUGUUGAAACAUUCCAACAGUGUCAGUUUCAAAAGAAAAGUUAGCAUAUAAAGACCUUUUUUAAAUCUCAAGUACCAGACCUGUCCUCCAUUGGAUAGACUGGAGACUAUUUUAAAGGUGCAGUUUGUAAAAUUGGGAAUACACAACAGUAUCUAGCAACAGGAUUCUUGACUGAAACACUUUCUGUAGCAACAGUGGCCUUUAAGGACUGCCGGUUCACUUUAGGUCUGAUUCUUUAUUUGCCAAAUUUUUACCAUCAAAAUCGUCUAUCAGUACAAAUAAUUCUCUGUAAAAACACUAUAGUAUUUGUACAAUACUAAAGUGCUCAUGUUACGAGUUUGUCUGCUCUGUGCUGCUGUAGAAAUGUGGUAAAUCAAGAUGGUGUUCUCCAUGGAAGAGAACCUAUCCCUGUCUAGACUUAAUUUAAGUUAACAAAAACAAAACUAUUCUCUGUUUUCAGGUGAUUUCAAACUAAUUUAAUCAAAUAUAAAACUCAAUUUCUUCCAUAUUUGUGCGGCUAAAUCCUGCCAAAUUCUGCAGACUGCACCUUUAACUGUUACGGAAUUCAAAAACCCUUAUUAAAUGAUUUAUUUACACACAGGGUCAUAAAGUUUUCUAUUAAACAGUUAACUUUAUUUUAAAAUACAAGAACUACAUAUGUUCUUUAAGUAGCGUUAUUAGCGGUAUUUCAAAAUUUAAUCAUUUUCUUGUUGAAAAUAUUGAGUCAUGAAAAGGGGAGUCGCCUCAUAAUCAGGGUUGUCUUCUGUUAUUUCAAACAUUUAUAUCUAGAUACAGGUCUCACUGUUCUUCUAUUAGUUGUAUCACACAAAACCACAUGACAUUUAGAAGACACAAUUCCAGUUUAUUUCGCUCCAUACCAUUUAAAUCGUCAAUUUACACGUUUCAGACUCAUGUGGUUUCUCUCACACUGGUAUCAGCAGCUGUAUUGAAACGUUUAAAACCAUCGCCGCCUCAUUCAGCCGCAGUUUGCAUUAACAUGAGAACAUGCAAACUAAUGGAUCAAGUUGUUCUUCUUUUCCCCAAGUCAUUUAAAUAAAUUUGCAUAGAAGAAAAUGUUCUGGGACUUGAAGAUGUGAAGACCGUUAAUUGUGCAUCUCAGUUGUAUCACGAUAGAUACAGUAUUUUAAUAAUUAGCCGCUGUUGGACAGAGAACAAACAAACACUCAGCCUUGACUGGGUUUACAUCCUGAAAAAGACAGUGAGAUAAUAACGUUGUCGUCCCCUCAGAGAUGAAUACAAAGCAGUAAGUCGGGGAAGAGAGACUUGAAUCCUUGUAAAUAAAACCAAUCGCCUUGUACUUAUUAUACCUCCCUGACUUUUCUCUUCCUCCUCCAGGGAGCCAUUCUUACCACCAUGUUGGUGUCCAGAAACUUCUCAGGUGGGUGUGCCCUUCGCCCUCAGCCUCCUACGCAGCAAAUGCAAAAGGGAGAUGAGGAAGGAGAGUGGAUAGAGUCCUCUGCAAUUCUUUUAACCCCCUCACCACACACACAUGAACACACACUCACCCACACAUCCUGAAAAUAACAAUAUGUUUUUGAGUGUGUACAGGAGUUUCUUACUUAUCAAACUGAUUCAGAACAUGCAGCUCUAUUGGUGUUAUAGUAGAGAUAAUGUAUUGAUAAUAUUGGAUUAUUUUGAGUGAAUUACAUCUGUGAUGUUUGCUAAAAAAGCUGAUAUGUGUUAUUCUGUCAUGUACCAGAUUAUAUGUGGGCGCUUGUUACGUCCUUGUCCAUGCUAAUGUAUCUCUCCCUGUGUGUCUGUGUUUGUGUGUGUGUGUGUGAGCGAGAGAGUGUGUGUGUCCCUCUUUUCUGCUGCCCACGGAGCGUUUGCAUGUUCAAAAGAAGGAAGCCUAAAGUCAUAAGAGAUUUUAAUGUUGGGGGGGAAAAGUGUGGUGUUAUAAAGUGUUUUUCUUCUCAGUCUUCUGAGAGUGACUUGUUUUCGUUGAAGCCUUGUUCUCAGCCUCUUAAGUUAAGUGGUCAGUCAAUGGUUAAUGAUUUCAACCCUGGGCCUAGGAAACCACAGGGGUGCACGUCUUUAGCGUCAGCCCAUUUCCAUCAAACCUUGUGAUGCGUCUGGGCUGCAGCCAGCACUCCCUGUAGCUCACUGGGCCCAUGAGUGAAAAAGCCUGACAUAGACCUGCCUAAUUUGCACAGCCCCACCCAACUGUAGCAUUUCUGUCCAAUAGUGGGCCGGCAGCAUACCAACUCUGCUGCUGCCGCCUCCUCCACGGCCACACUGGCUCAGGAAGGUACGUCCCAGAGACACGCCCAUCCACCUCCUCUCCACACACAGUUACUUCUUUUGGUUCAUAGCGCAGGGGCGAGACCCCAUCACCACCCUCACACUCCUGCAUGCAGCCUUUACCAACAUUCCCUCAUCAACAUCCACACACACACACACACACACCCACACACACAUAUGCAUGCAUACUCACACACAUUAGGCCCUCAGGUUUUGUGUGUUGUCUGCAGUAAUGCAAAGACAUAAUGCACACAGUCAUAAAUAUCAGCAUCACUUAACGGUAAUCGAUUCAGUCCAACCUGCGCUCCAAAGUGCUUCUCACAUUCACACCUCACCACUACUGAGCCUUAGUCGAGUAACCCCCCAUUUCAUCCUCAAAAUCAGUUUUGUAGUCACCUCCAGCGAGCUCCAUCCUGAACUCCAGCUGACCCCACGCUCACCUGUGCUCUCCCCCGGCUAAGGCCGCGAGGACGGGCACAGAGUGGGAUGGGGCAGGGGAUGAGGAGGGGCAUGUAUCCUGGGGGCUGGAACUGACACUGCAGGGGGCCGGCAAGAGCUGGGUUGGCGUGCUGCCAUCGUCUGACCUGGGUCUGGAGGGGUGGGGUGGGAAAAGGCGGAUGUGGAGGAGCAGGGGGGAGGCUGAGACGGAUGGGAGUGCUUCUCACAGAGCCAACUGUUGAAGCCAUCGCUGCUUCCCUGAUGAAUCCCUCGAGGUUAAAGGCAUCCCACGUCUCAUCUCCCCAUAUGGGGUCUGUUUUAGUGCUUUCCAAAAAGGUCCUCUCGAAACAGGAAUGCCACAAGGCAGCGUAGUCGUAAACCUGCCACCACACUUGUCAAAUACUGGAGUGUAUUUUACAAAGAAUAAGAGGGAUGGAUUCCUUUGUUUGGAAAGUACUAAAGUCAAGCUCUGCUCCCCGUCCUGCUGGGUGGGGAUGGGUGGGUGGUAAAGGUCGGCGAUUCCGAUGGUGGCUCCAUGGAUUCAGUAUCUUAGAAGCAGACAGUGUAGAGCAGACUGGAUUUUCUAACACUUUGACAUACGAGAGAAUCCUGUUUGCCCUACAGUGUACAAAAAGUUAUCCGUAGGUUACUAGGACUUGUGUUAAGUCAGGGCUUAAAGUUAAGUGUUUCAGGGGAGGUGGGUGUUACCUCAGGAAUGUGUGAUUGCUGCACUGAGUUUUGGGAUGUUUGUGGUGGUUUGAUUGUCAGCAAGAGCCCUCUGAAUGCGGGCUGCCUCUGAUCCCGGACCAAGUUGCCUGUUUGUAAGUUUAUUUUUGAAGCGCACGCGGCAUCAUCACUCCAGACAGACCUUCUCAGCUCUCCUUUUAAUCUUUUUUGUUUUUUUUAAAGAGUGCAGCCUUUUUUUCUAGUUGUUGUUUUCUGAUGAUGUCCCACAUCACUGCAAACACUUUUUUACUGUUACAGCUUCCUUGCACAUCUCUGCAGAUUUUGGCUGAGACAAGGCUUGGCAGUUUGCUCAUGAUGUUUUUCUUUUCCAACGACAUUAUAGCAAAAUGUGACUGAAGCAUUUGAAGCAUUUCUCUAUGUUUCUAGAAAGGUGUUUGCCAUGCUUCCUUUCGCAUGUGGGUGUCCUGUGUGGUUUUAUAUCCUGUGUAGAAUUAAAAUCAAAAAAGGCUUUCGAGCGGUGCGACUUCAGAUGCUUUCUAAUCCGUCCUUCCCUGCUCAUCAUGGAGCCAGUAUGUGGCUGCGGUGGUGAGGAGCUCCUGCUGUGGGUCAUCUUGACUCGACUCACCCUGUUUGGUGGAGUUCGGGAUGAUUCUCAGGAGGAGAGGACGUGUUCAGAGAGCAUUUGAACAUGGUGCCCCCAUGCUGUCACGAUUGGCACCCUGAUGGCUGUUUGGUAGAAGACGUAGCCGAAUGAUGAUGGCUCUGACAAAUCAGCUCUCAUUUCACUGGUUCUGGAUUGAAAAUUUUCUUUUUUGUUUAUAUUUUUUCUUUGGAUGCUGCAUGAUCGGGACGAGAUUGAAGCUGCAUAUCGACGCAACAGCCGAUACUAAGAAGCAUGAGUUGUCACAUGAUAUUGUUUGCCGCUGUAAAUGCUGUUCCCCGUAUCUCCAUCCUCUCAUGUAUUGAAAUGCUGAGCCCUCUUUUCCAACCCUUGUCUCUCCCCCUUUUCCCCUCUCCCAUUUCAUUUUGGAAGGUAAGACACCAAAGAUAAGAUUUUGGGGGGAUGUAUCAGAGAAAAAAUGGGCGAAAAAGGAAGCAAGAGAAAGUUGAGAGCUUUAGAGCGAGAGGAAAAGGGACUAGGGGCCGUAAAGGAAAUCAAUGAUUUACAUUAACCCAGCUCAUGUCCGUCAGUCCUGGCGGCAGUUUGAGUCUGACCAUCCCUCUCUUUUUAGAUCUGCUGGGGUCUUCCAGACAGGAAAUGGAUUGAGGAAGUUUACUUUGCUCUCAGGUUACUCUUUUAUCCCCAGAUGGCAAUGAAUGGAUUAUGAUGUUGAAUGGGUUUUGCAGAGUGUAGCAACUUGCCCCAGAAAUCCAUUAAAUGCAUGUUUUUCUCUGGCAACACCCAGACUCACUUUGUCAUGAAGACUCAGGUACGGGAGUGUUGGGGGGGGGGGGAGGGGUUCAUAGAUAUGAAAAAUUGCAGCUCCGGGUUUUUGCACAAGUUGCGGGUUCCUAUAAAAGCUGAAUACAAAGUAUGGAUUGGCACGGAUGCUGUCGUCAACAGUUAAACUUUUCCUUUCUACUCCUUUUCUCUCCCCCUCUAUCCUCCCUUCUUUUUACAGCAUGCAAAAGUUUACUCAACAAGAAGUCAGAUUCUGCUAAGGUAAGGCUGUCAUGUCAUUUCUCUGUCCUCUUUUGUCCUGCUACAUCACGUCCUGUCUCUCCUUUUUAAUGACCCUGUUGUGUUACUUUCUGUUCCUCUUACUGACUCUUUCAAAGCUCACUUCCUCCUUCUUAUAUUUUAUCCUGUAAUAUAUUUCCCACAAAGUAAAUGAUAGUUUUGCUACAGGAGGGGAUUCAUCUGGACCUCCUGCAGCUUGUUGUUCGAUCCCACGCACAGAAAGUUUGUAUAGGGAUGUAACGGAGGAUUGUUACUCGAAUGAAACGUCCAAAUCUGUGAGAUGAGGAAUGAGCCGUUAAUUUCCCUCGUCACGAUGUCAUCAUGUCACUUGUGCCUCGAACUGAUAAGAGAGAAACAGAAAUUUCUGCAGCUGAAGAUGCAACACAGUGUUUCCUUCAUGUAUGUAAUACCUCCACUUCCUGCAAAAGUAAAUUCACUCACCAGUCUGGCGUUUUUUUUUUAAAACUACAUCCAUAAUAUUCCCACCCACUAUCAACGACCCACUGAACAAUACCUCUCCCUCUCGACUCUUCGCCUGUGAGUUGUGAGGAAAUAAAGUAACCCAGGGCAUCGAGCUGUAAAAACGCCAAGAUAAAAGCACCUCAAAUAAGGGCCUGUGUCCAUUUGUAGUGUUUUGGUGCAGUAACAUGAAUAACAGGGUGCUCUUUGCUAGCCUUAACUCUUAUUAGGAUACAGACUGCAUUUCCCUGUUUAAUGACUCAUGUCUAUUUUGAAAUACUCUCUUUAAGGGCGCCGGUUGGCCUAGUGGUUUCAGUGUGCACCUCGUUGACGGAAGCUAUCGUUUAAUUUGACCAUCGGCCGAUUGCGACAUGUCUUUUCAGUCUUUUAAUCUGAAAAGCGCCCUAAAGACACAGCAUGGAGAACUGUAUCUUAACCUGAUGUUAAUGUAUCGUUACAUCCAUACAAGUUCGAGAAACCCUGUCCUCUCAGUGAUAACUAUCAGUUCGCUGUUUUUCUAUGUAAUCUUCCACAUUUACUCGAUCUCUAUUAAAGGUUUGCUGCCCUUUUUUUUUUUCCGAGCAGUCUCCUCCAUUCUCUGUUGCUCUUAAGCAUCUCUCCUCUUCUCCCUCUUCCUCCUGCCUCCUUCUCUUUCUCCCCCCCGCCCCAGGGGUCUCUCUGUGCAGUUAAGUGGCGGAGGCAUAGAGAGUUAGUGAGGCAGUAAAAAGGAUGAUCUAGAGGCCAUUCUGUGGCACUCACCCUCUCAUUUACCCUGUAAGCUCUCAACAGCCUGGGAGCUCCGGCCAACAUUAGCCCCAUUCCCUGAAAGGCGUGCAGUUCUAAUGCAUCUGUGUGUGUGUGUGUAUGUUGGCGUGUGUGUAACGUAUGUGUUCACUCUGAGUGUCUGCGUUCUCAGCCUUCCACCAACAACAGUAAGAACAGUAUAGUGAGCGCCAUCAAUGCCCUGAAAGACACCAACAUGGCAACCAACGCCCAGAUGGUACAGUAGGCCGCCGCAGUGACGGUUCAAACUUCCUAACACCUCCCUUCAUCCCAGUAGUUGCAUUAGUCGCCGGUUGUGCAUCAUCCUUCAUCAUUUAGUCGCUGCUUGUCAUAGUUGAUCUGCCAUCAAGGGGGUGUAACAUUCACCCGUCAGCACCCAUCCUCUGGACGUUUGAUCCCCCUCAAGGUGCUCAUGUGUUCCUGAAAGUCAAACAGAAAAACAUUCAAAACAGGAAUUCUCAAUUUUGGUUUUACUGAAUAUCAGCACAUGAGCACCUUUUUUUUUAGUUUCUGAAGAGCAUGAACCUGUCUUAAAGAUCUUCAAGUGUCAGCACAGAGAACUCCAGAGUCCGUGUUCAUCUGGUCUCGGCUGCUUUUAGAAAAGUAGAAUCCAGGCGUGUCAUGUUUUUGCCUCUGUGUCAUUUGAUUUCUCCCAUCAUUAACCAGCUCUUCCUCAACUUUUAACACCAGUCAGCUUUGCAACCAUCUAUCCCACUAUUUUACCAUCAUUCUCAGCCUAACCUGUUCAACAAUCUCAUGAACGUCCCCCCCCCCCCCAUUCACAUCCUAACCAAACUACCAAACCUUCCUCAUUGUGCUGGCAUGCUGUGGAUUCAAGUCGCUUUACUCGCAUGUGUUACAUAUGACGUUGAGUAAUCCGCUGCAGUGCUUUUCAACUGGUGCUGCAGGACCCCAAACUAUGGAAAGACCCCGGAGAAAGGAUUUGCAUAUCUUGACAUAUUUAUUCACAAAUGACUAGAAGCUUCGUAGAAUGAAAAACAUGACGUUUUCCUCGACUAUACAGACUCACUACCUCUCUUACUGCAACACUUCCACAGUUGCGUCCCUCUCUUUUCAGGGUCAUGUAGUGGCACAUGUUCUUAGGCAUUUUGGUGUUUUUCCGCCUCUGCUUUUGUCAGCUCCGUAUAAACUGCUGCAUUUUGUUCAACAUAGAUCUAUUUUUAUCGCUGCAUAAUAAUCCCGGGAAAUCUCACUCAAUAUAAUGUCCAUAAAAAGGACGUUUUAAGCUCUCUUCAAAGAUGCUCUUGACAGUAAAGAGGACAAAACAACUACCAGGGAGAAGGUGUUGUAUCAGGUUAAGAUUUCACGACUGAAGUGAAGUAUGGGGUCCAGUUUAAAGCCAGUUGGGAGGCACUAGAUCAGGACUACAGUGAAAUGGACUAACUGUUCUGUUCUGAAUCACAGGAGUCUCAGAGUACAGUGGUCCACAACCCUCCUGAUGGAGUCAAGGUGAGUCGAGUCUAUCUGAAAGCCUGAGUGUCUCCCUGCUGCUCCACUUUCGCUCCUUACGGACGACAACCCGGCUGAGUUUAUUUCAGUUUCUCUCUGUCCGUCUUUCUGCUCUCCAGGGAUCAACAGAGAGCAACGCCACCAACGACGAGGAGGAAAUGAAAGGUACGAAAGGUACUCAAGUGUUUUAUUCCCUUUUUCUUGUUCUUACCCACUCUCUCUCUCUCUGUCUCCCGUCAAGUUAAGUGUUUAUUUGACUGUACAGACUGGCAGGUGUUCUGAGAUACAAAACGUGUCUCUCCCACUAUUGACCGUGUGCCUGUGGUGUGUGUGUAUGUACGUACUUAUCGUGUGUGUGUGUUUCUAGCGGACAAUUCGGCGCAGAGCAGCGCCACAGAGGAGAUGCCCCCACUUCUGCCCUCACCUCAAAGCUCACCUGCCAGUAAGUUUAAUCCAUGGCAACCACAAGCUGUGCGGUCGCCACUGGCAAGGACCUAACACCCACCCCCCUACCCAACCACCCACCCACCCACCUACCUCCCCCCCCACACUUCUCCCACCCUGGCUUUUUGUAGUCACUGGCAAUGAUGUCUCACAUCUCUGAGCUCCCUCACUCUGAUCCACCAAGCUUUUUUGAGGGUUCCCACUGGUUUAGAAAACGCAGAUUAUCAUUGUUUAUUUAUUGAUUUUUUAUCAUCGACUUAAUCCAGGAAAAUCAAGAAACAAACGGGGACAUCUUAGAGUUAGAAAUGUUUUUGUAUUGAUUUUUUGAUUUACAAAAAAAGAUAACUUAGAUUUGUUUGAGGACACAAGAUCGAUAAUAAGCUGAUAGAAAGUUCGCAGGUUCCUGACUGAAAGCUUUCAUGUAUUUAGUCAAUUUUAGUUGAUAUUGACUCAGUAGAAACCAUUUUAAGCUGUUUUAAGCUAGCCAUAAAAAACAACCAACUCCCAGUCCAAGAAGGAAAGCCAUGAACUUGUAAGAGAUAGACGCAUUUGACCAAAAUAAUCCAGAUCAGCCGCAUUGUUUUAGCCUGACAGUCUCCUAUCAACCAGGAUUAGUUGACCUAACAAAGUCCAAACUUAUUAAAAGAAGUUAAUCAAACUCUAACUGUAUGAUCAUCCAUCUGCAUUUGAUUACAGCCUGACCCUACAGGCAGUCACAGAUUGAUUUUGGCGAACAUUCACUCCGAGUUUUUGCCUCCAAAUAAAUUUUGUGUUUAUAAUCUGGCGAAUCUUGAAGCUUGUUAACGUCAGAGUUUUCCGGUUUGGCUUCUUUUUAAACUGAUUCCUCAACUCGGUUGUUAAUGCCAGCAACAACUACCGAUCCAGCAAUAAAAACGUGUUAUUAAUAAAUCCGUAUCUUACAGUGCACACUGAAUUCUUACUCAACCUGUGGGCGCUGCGUUUGCGAAAUCACCCGCUCACUAUGAAUUACCCUGCUUAUUACCUGAAGGCCAACUGAAGACUCAAGGCGACACAAGUUGGUGAUUUACAGAUGGUUUUAUUUAUUACACAAAAAUCAAAAACUAGUCUCUUAGAUUCAGAGGUUGUUUUUGCCUCCAUAGCAACAGAUUCUUAUUGGCAUACUUAAGGGGAAAAAUAUGUCAAAUCACAGCCAAGUCAAAGUCAUACAUUAGCCUGCUUGUAUUUUUGUAAACUAACUAAACAUUGCCAUAGAAGGCAACAUUAGCCAAGGUGAACAGGACUUCUGCAGGGAUAUUUGUUGACAUUUCAGCCCCUCGUUCAGCUCUCCUUCUGCCUUGAACUUUGCAGCUGACACACAUUGAAACCCAAACUACCACCAGGCAAAAGUUCAGAUUGUUGACAUUGUUGCUGCAAGACAAAACACAACAUUAAAAUAUCUUUUAAGAAUGCUAUCUGAGGUGAAUGUUUUCACCACAGUGCCAACAGGCUGAGGUGAAAUAUUAUGGGGGUUUGACCAAUCAGAGUCAAGUGUAAACACAGCCAGGUUAUAAGUUAAGGGCAAUUCCUGAUAUGGCGCAAAGAACCAGAAAUGAAUCAGGGAAUCAGCUGUCAGUUUCUAGAAAAAGAACUGAUUAAAAAUUAGAAAGUAAAAAAAUAGUGCUGACUAAUUGUAUCGUACGCUUUUUAAAAGAUAUAGCAUUAAGUCUCGUCUUUACCUUCUCAACAAUCUGUCAGAGGAGACGACACAAACCGAAAACAUUUCGUCGUGACUAACCCGUCUAAAGUUUUAAUUGAUCUUUUUAUAUCUGCUCGCUUGCAUUCGCCGCGCUUUCAUGCCGCCCAGAUGCAAAUUAAUCCAAUGAUCCUAAAGCACACAGCGAGUCUCAGGUGAUCAGUCUUUUGAGUAAAUGUUUCCGAUGUCAGACGCUGUUUGACAAAAGAGUUGCGUUCUCCUAUUUUCUCUCAGCACAGGAAAAAAAAGCCCUCAGGCUGGUGUAAAGAGCUUUGUUAAAUUGAAUGUUGUUUUUUAAUCAUGAUUUAUUAAACUCCAGAGAUGUACCAUCAACUUUUUUUGCCUCGUUUAAGCCUUUAACCAUCUCCUUUAGUAAAUUAAGCAUUUUCAUAAAGAAAAAUAUAACAAAAAAACAGUAAAUAGUGAAACUUUUUCUUUAGUUUUUCAUCGAUACUCUGGAUUUGGAUCAGACUGAAUCAAUAAAUCCUCUGUUUACACCGAUAGGACUGUCUAGCUGUUAAUAAGUGGAAUAUUCCUUUAAUCAGGAUGCAUUACCAGCAUGAAUUGUUUAACACUCUGAUUGCAGACGGUCAUUUCCUGCUGUGCGUCCAUUAAAACAGUUCAGUGUGAGCUCCCUUCAGCAGAGCCAGCCUCACCCUCGUCCAGACUGAAGUUCACUUUGUUCAGGAGAAACUUUUUCAAACAGCAGACUCAUUGUUCGGGUCGCUGAGGAACUGGGACCUAAUUAUGAAAAGUGGAAAAGAAAAAGUCAAGUGUUUUUUUUUUUCAUCAGGGCCACUGUGGGAACCCUAAAAUGUGUGUGUGUAUGAGAGUGUGUGUGUGUGUUUCUUGGUGAUCACUGCAUCUUUCCCCUUGUCCUCCUAAUGUGACAGCUCCAGCUGGAGGAAGCCUUGCUCACCUUGCAGCUGGGUGUCCUAAACCAGCUUCCUUGUCUGACAGGCUCCUGCUGCCCGUCUGACUUUUACUGGAACCUUUCACUCCGCAGAGCAUCAGGUUCCUCUUUGUGCUCACAUUUUCUCCCCCAUUUUAUCCUCUCUGUUGCUUUCUCUUCAUAAUCUUCCCCCCGAUUUCUCUCUCCUGAUUCACCUUUCUCUCCUCUCACAAACCUCUCCCUCCCUCUUCGCUCUAAUCUCUCCACUCACCUCUUCACCUCUUGUCCUGGCCUCCUGCCCUCGUCAGACACACCUGCGCUACAGGACAGUCUGAUCUCUUCUCCUCCUUCCUCCUCUUUCCUCCUCUCCUCCCUCCAUGCUAAGUUUUCCUUCAGGCAUAACAUGAGCUCAUAACAACGGCUUCGAUCCCUCUCUUUGCUAAUCGCUGCAGCUCAUCAGAUGAAACUUUGUUAAUGCACACAAGCGUUUAGAGUCGAGUAGACGUGAGCGGAGCGGGCAGAUAAAUGACUGCACAUCACACAGCAUCAGAGCUUUUACAGAUCUCGCUUCCAGCUGCCAUCUUGUCCUUGUGUUUACCCAUCAGCAUGCCUGUCAUAACCCCACACUAACUGUUUAUUUCUCAUUAAUUCUAACCAAACACUAACACACGUCUCCUUUUGUUUUGGCGCAUGAGUUUUGUGUGCAUGUUGUUAGUUUGGAUGACCACAUGUUCGUCUCUGUCAUCCGUCCACGUGUCCGCCUUUUGUUGACCAUCCAUUGUGUGUUUCAGUUCCACCGCAUGACCUAAAGCGCAUGGCAUGGAACAGCACAGGCAACAGCUCCUGCCCUGACUCUGAGCUCUCGCAGUCCUCCAUGCCUGCCGCUCCGCUAGGGAGCAACACUGUCGCAGCUAUAAACAACACUAAGCAGAGUAAGAGCACCGCCAUGACUAACAAACCUCACCUUCUUGUUCGUCUCGCUCACUGUAGCUGUUUUGUACUAAAACCCAUCAUCUCUGACGUGAUAGAGCUGUAGUCCUUUCCCAGCAUGUUGGCUUGUGUGUUUAGUUAGUUUUUUCUACAAGUUGAGUUAAAGCCCCAGUGAGGAGUUUUAGCUGGUUAUGAAACACUGAUAUUAAAACUAAUGCCUCUUCAUGAGCAAAUCAAACCACCGUAAGAGCUGAUAGACAACUUUUUUUUUAAACGUUUCCACACUGACAUACAGCUUUUUCUACAAUGGAUACUAAUAUCCCUAAAUAGGGCCAAAGCAGCAACUUUCAUACAUGUUCAGGGGCCAAAUUACAAAGUUUAAUUACAAGGCUGUCAUACAUAUGAGCAAAAUUUUUGAUUGUUUCUGACUAACUUGAGGGGUUCUUUAUAGCUACUUUAAAUCCUGUUUUAGUUCACAAAAUCCGAAAAGCUCAAGCUGUCAUCUUUACCCUUGAAAUAAACGCUUCUUCCCCACGAGCUGAGCUAAAAAUGAUAGAUUUUUUUGUCCCUAAAAAUUUGAGGCAAAGCAGUAAUUAGCUCUGAACUGAUGGACCGAUGAGUUAGAGGUUGAUUUAUGUUGGUUCUGGCACCCCCUGUAGACAAAGUAGGGUCUGAUAACUUGGAAGAUCUUUAAAAAAUCAAAAACAGGCUCCUUUCUUAUAACAGUCAAACAAUGAUACCCACUUUAAGUUUUGGCGCUGUUUUCGCAGUGGGCUGUCACACCUCCCCUCUCCUACCCCCCAGUAACAAUUUCAGAUGUUAAAUUUGAAUCUAGAAGAAACCAAAUCAGUUUCUGUCGCUCAUAAUGAGGCAUCUUGAUAAAUUUUAGAGUGUUUCAUAUCCGACCAAAAAUUCCUUACUGUAGCUUUAAGGUGUUAGAAAGUUAUAAUACCUGUUAUAAUGCUUACACUGGAGUUUCCAUGUUUCCAAACACUGGUCGGACUGGAUCUUCAAGGUUUUUUCUGUUUGUUUGCGGGAUACUGCCCCUGAAGUCUGGAAACUAUUGAUGAAAACAGGCAAAAAACAAAACAAGUACUGAAAAGUAAUAAUUUGUUUGAAUGAGGCAGACUGGUGUUUUUCCUUGUGGUCAGUAAAUCCAGUAAAAAGACCAAAACCAGCAAUCUCCCAGUUUGAUUUUCAUGACUCUCUGGUUUACCCUCCUGGUCUGUGGCUCAGCGUAGAUCCUUCUUUACUGAAGGUGUGGUAUUCAAGGAAUUGAUCGUAAAUAUGCUGCUUACAAUCACGAGUUAUGUAGCCUGUGAGUAAAAGUGCGAACAGUUUCCUGUUUUAAUGACGAGUUUUGCUUCUUUUCUCUCUCAGCUUGUUUCAAGUUUCAGUGACGGUUUGGAUCGUGUAACAAAGCUGGCAUGCUUUGAUCACUUUGGGAUUUGAUUAUGCGCAAAUAUUGACACAAAAUAAUCUUGAAUGCAGUCUCACAAAGGCACCAUUACUGCAUCUUUAAAACAGUGUCGCACAAACACAACCCAGUGUUAAACCUCACAAAUCAUCGCUGAUAUGAAAAAUGGAAAGCAUAUUUGUCGGUGAUUUUUCAGCACACUCUCUACAGAGCUUUAGAGACACCAUGGACCCAGAAUGAUCUGUUUUUGAACAACAGCUGAGAAAUGAAACGCAGAGGCGGGCCUCGGCUUCAUUGUUGUCGGAUCGAUUGUUGAAUUUGGACUUCCUCGUGGGAUUCGAUAACAAGCCUCAGCCUUUUCAGAUGUCUUUUAAGAGAUGCGUUGAAACUAUCCAAGCGCUAUCACAAGCGUUAAAUUGUUCGUGGAGAAUGUAACACUCCUUUGAGAUGGUAAAGUUGGAUAUUCUCUGCAGACAUGACAAUAUGUGAGGCCUUACAUAUUUGACAUUAACUUGAAAAAGCCUCCGACUCUCUCUUCCACACUAGUCACAGUCCUUUUUCAGCCUUUCGUGUUUACAAGCAGGCUUUCAGUUUUGGUGGCGGUUUGUGUCUCAGUGGUGUUUUAGUCAGUUUGUGUCGCACAGAAGGUGAGAAGCCGAGGGACAGACGGCGAUGAGGUCGAGCCGCAGUGAGGGAGAGGUUAAAGAGAGAGUGUUGAGCUGCAGAAACAGAAAAGAGAGAGCCUGAAGGAAGGCAGCAGCCCAAGUGACGAGAGCAAAUGUCAUCAAGUAAAACCCACAACAUAGUUAAUUGUUGACUCACUCUCUCUCUGGCUGAACCACAAUCACCAUUAAGUACUUGUCUGUUUCUGUGUGUUUGUGUUUGUGUGUUUCGUUUGUGUGUGUGUGCGUCUCUCCUCCUCUCUGUGCAGCUCGUAAACAGGAGAUCAUCAAGAUAACAGAGCAGCUGAUUGAAGCUAUCAACAAUGGAGACUUCGAUGCCUACACGUGAGUACGGCGGCAUGAGUGCGAUGAAAAGCAGUGGGUGAAUCACAGAGGUAGAAUCUAUACAACACGGCAGCGGGCGUUCGUUGAAGUCGUCUUUAUGUUUUCCCAAGACUCCGUCUCUUUUUCUCUGAUGUCUCCACUGCUUCACCCACUCUCUCCCGCUCUCACUCGCCGCCUCCUCUUUAUCGGUUCUCUCUCCGUCUCAGGAGGAUUUGCGAUCCUGGACUCACCUCUUUUGAACCCGAGGCCCUGGGGAAUCUGGUGGAGGGCAUGGACUUCCACAAGUUCUACUUUGAAAACUGUGAGUUUCCUGUUUCUCUCACACACACACACACAGGCAUGAAUAUUUUUCAGCCCGCCCCAGGGGAAGCUCGGUCUCCGACAGGAUAAGGAUCACCAAAAUGUGCGGUCUGUUUCCCUUUUCCUUCUUAGGUCACCAGCAGCUUCUGAAAUGUGUUAAUGUGGUAAAGAGCUGCUAACUGGCUGAUCUGUAAAAUUUAAGAAUUGCUUUAAGAAUACAAAAAAAAAGACUUUCACAUGUUCACAAAACCAUCAUAACUCCUCUAAAAGGCUUCUCUUCACCAGCAUGAGCACCAAACUCAAAAAUAUUUACUUAUCGAACACAAACAAUGGAAAUCUGCUUUUUUUAUCGUCUUGUUGGAACCGUUUCCACUUAAAGGCAUGGUUGACGAUCUGAGAAGUGGCAGAGCAAGAAGCUGGCCGGCAGAUGAUCCUACGCUAGCUUCAGAUAGAAUUCACCAUAUCGGCUUGCUAGUGACUAGCGGCAGUAAACGCCAGCUCUGCUUUCUAGCACCGUCUGCAGCUGCCUGGACAGCUACUGUGUUGACAUUGCAGAGACUAAUAAGGGUUAAUUAUGUAACAUGAUAGAAGGCGAUAAAAAUUACAAAAUCAACAAAAAUACUAAUGUCUUGGCGUUCGUUUUUCAGGCCCAAAUCCUGUUGUAGCUUUCUCCACCGCUCCAAGGAUGACCCGAUGUUUAUUCGAGUUAGAUUCCUCACUUGGUCACAUUUCUUCUUUGUCUCUAACCUUUCUUCUGUCAGCUUGCGUUUUCUUAGCACUUUUAGCGGUGGGGCAAACAGAAGUGUUUUUUUUUUUUGUGCGUCCUUCUGUCCACCACAGCUCCUGUAGCUAACAUAGUAAGCCAAAAGUAGCGUAGUAGCUGCUAUGCUACUUUUAGCCACUCUGACCUCCGAGAUGGGCCGGGAGAGUGGGAGGGGACAGGUCCAAACUAGGGGAGAGGGGUGUGUCGAAUACAGCGAGGUGAUUGGAUGGAGAGGCGGAGCAGGAGAUUGACCAAUAGGAGCUGUCUGGGACGGAUGACUCCCAUUGGUCAAUGUUUUUGCAGCUCUGCACCUGAACGGAUUUUUUCCUUUUUUUUUUCUCUUCACUUUGUGGAGAUCGCACAUGAUCGCCAUAGAAACGAGGUUCAUAAUAAUUACCAAUCUCUCCAAUCAUCUACCAUGCCUUUCAUUAAAAACCUUAAAAAAAAAAAAAAAAAGUUUGGAUUUUAGAAGAUUUUUUUGAUUCUAGGUGUUUGAAUAUCUGUGAUUAGGGGUUCAUGAGACUGAGAAACAACACGUGUUGAAGCACAUUUACAGUAAAAAGGACCAUUUUUAUUCAUUAAAACCUAUGAAAACAAAACUUUUAAUACUUUCUAUACAACAAAAGUUCAAGUUCUGUUGUAUUUUUACUCAUUUGUUUGUACCAUCAUAUUGGAAAAAGCAACAACAUGAUAUCGGCAUUAUAUCACUUCCCCAUGAAACAGCGGCUGUCACGGUGCGUCUAUUUGAAAGAUGGGCUGAUGAAGAGCAGCUGAGUGUUUACUGUCUGUUUAGUAUCAGCAACAUAUCCUCCAUCAUAAAUUACGCUGAUUAAAAAUGUAUGACGACUGUGAUGUGUACUCCUGCUCCGGUUUCCUCAGAGCAUCGGCACAAUAACAGAUAUGAACAGAGUGUUGUUAUUUGACGCUGUAGAUUAACACCUUUUCAUAAUGUUGUGAGUUAAUGACAGUUAUUUUCUGCCAUUAGCCUUUAAAGAGGCAAUAAAUCAGAAGAGUCAACACCCACAGAAACCCAUCACAGCAGUUCACUGAUUUGGCUGAAUGUUUUUGCCACAGUGUUAACAGGCAGAGAUGAAAUGUUUGUGUGUGUGUGAUCACCUCUCACUGAACCAGGGGAAACUUGACAAGCAUAAAAAAUCACAAACGCCGCUCUGAAAACGCCAUAAAUCCAUCAAGGAAUCCGCCAGGUACGGAUGACAGAUUCAUGACCCGACUCUGUUUACCUUCUCCAGUGCUGAGCAAGAACAGCAAGCCCGUGCACACCACCCUGCUCAACCCCCACGUGCACCUGAUCGGAGAGGACGCCGCCUGCAUCGCUUACAUCCGGCUCACACAGUUCGUGGACACCACGGGCCGCCCUCGCUCCAGCCAAUCAGAGGAGACCAGGGUGUGGCAUCGCCGCGAUGGCAAGUGGCUCAAUGUUCACUUCCAUUGCUCAGGAGCGCCUGCUGCACCACUCCAGUGAACAGGUACUGAUGCAUCAAAGACGAUAAAAAAAACUCUGCAUGUGUGGACUUUUGCAGAGAUCGUCCUCAGAUAGUUAAAGGGAUAUUCCAGCAUAAAAUUAAUUUAGGGUCAAACACGCUGUAACACCGAGUUAGACACCCCCUCGAGAGGUGAAUGUUGCCGACCGCUUGCUUCUAGUUAUACCAACUGAAGUAACGACCACAUGAUAGCAAUACACAGCUGUCUGAAGAGCCAUAAAGAAACCUCAACCAAAACGCCACCAAACAACUCACCUACUCUCUCCCAGCAGCCGCUUGUUUGUAGCGAGACCUCAGGCCAGUCCAUUACAGACUGCUGCGGGGUUAUGCAGCUCAAGGAAGAACAUUUAUGAUCAUUUCUUUAUCAUUUCCUUGAAGUAAUAAUCACCAUAUUGAUCAUUUUGCACUGCAGACGCUGUAGUCCUUCUGCCUUAGCGUCUCGGUCUGAUUGCAUUUCCAUGAAGAAAUGAUCAAUUUUUCGGUGUUUCGGCAUGUUUGACCCCAAAUUAAUUUUACACUGGAAUAUCUCUUUAACAUGGUUAUUACUAUAUAAGGGAGCCAAACACACAAACUGAUCACAUGUCAAACCCUGAAGCAUUUCUACUUUAGAUUCAUUACUGAAGUUAUUAAAACCUGGACCGUUUAAAUCAUGUAAUCCCCCCCUCCUUUAGCGGUUAAUUCUGUCACUCACUGUGAUAAGUAACAAGUAAAUCUUCCAGUUUAUGACAAAGUCCAGCCGGCCCAGAACUAUGACCCCUAAGACGAUCAGUCCAGUGAAAAUCUCUCCAUCCCUGGUCUGUUUUUUUCGUUAAUUAACCUCAAGUGUAAACUUUCUCUGAAGCUUAAAACCGUGACUGACGUUAAUUUCACGGCUCCUCCUCAUUUUGCCUCUAAAUAAGUUUGUAAGUGGUUGAAAACCUCUUUAAGGGCAUCCUGGUGUCCUUGGAUUUCAAGGAUCUGCCAUGUAGUCCCAAAGCGCCCAAAUAAAGUCCAGCUGGGGACCUCUGCCGUCCCCCAUUGUCAUCUUUUCACUAAUUAAAAAAGGAAGAAAUGCCCCAGAAAAGUGUUUUUCUAACCCUGUCCGAUCCUCUGCCUGUUGUCUUUCCUGACCCCUGCGGCCUCUUAACGGCUCGAACAUCCAAAUUAGCUUCAACUUAAAGAUGAAGAACUGCGAACCUGAGCUCAGACGAACAGGAGGUAAACUCUAAACCCUUUCUCUAAUGUGUUCCUCUUCUCCCCUCAGUGGUCCUGAGCCUCCAGUCUACUGGAGUGUGUGUUUUGGGGGGCAGUUUUUUUCAGCGAGCGUGUUUCGGAGGCCCGUCCUCUGCGUGGAUUGGCUAGUGCCAGGAGCCCGGCCGGGCGAGAUCGCAUCCCUCUCCACGUUACCAACCAAUCCUGUCCCCCCUUUGACCUGCUGGGGGCCGGCUGAACACAAGACACCGCCCCCAUGGGAUGAUGCAUGCAUCUGGCGCCUGAUCGGAGGGCGCGUCUUUGCCCUCUAUCCCUCCCCUGGCAGCCAUCUUUUUUCUGCCCGCGCGAGAUGAGACGUCCUGCGUGCGGAGAGGAUUUACAGUUGAACUUGUGACAGUUUAUGAGUAUGAGUUAUGAAUAUGCUGUGUAAAUUAUGACUAGAUGUACCAGAAACCACCAAAACCCAACCAAGCAUUUAUAUUCACUAUCUAAUAAGGGAGGAACAGAAGGGAGAGUGAGGUUAGCAGCUGAGAUUUCGGACACAUUUUUUUGGCAUUCUAGGGAAUAACCGGGUAGAAAGUGUUGUUGCUCGUAAACCCGGACGAAGUUGAUGUUAAAGAAGUAGGGAGACUUUUCCCCCCAACUGAAUUCUAGCGGGAGAAAAAAAAGUCAAGUCUGCUCGGUCAGAGAACUUGAUGACGAGAGAAACUUGAUAUCAAAAACAUGAAGCACCAAAGUGUAGAACUUUAGGCUUUUUAUGUGUUUAUGUGUUUUUGUUUGUUUGCUUGUUUUUCCGACCAAACGGAAAAAAAAAAAUCGUGUUGUUGUGGGAUUUUAGGGGAGGGCGGGAGGGAGGGUUCGAGGGCGUCUGAUAUGAGGUUAUGUGUUUUGUUGUGUUUUUAGCGUCCUGUUCCCUUUACGUUCCUGUGAAUAAUAAAUAACCGGAGCCUCUUUUUAUUUUGUUUGUUUUUUUUUUUGUUGUUUUGUUUUUUGUCUGACUGAUGCGAUUCUCGAGGCUCUUUUGUUUUAAAGCAGUGAGUUUUUUUUUAAAAAAGAGGGAUUUUAUUGUGCAAGUUUAAGCUAACCUGCGCGUGGUAACACGUUCCGUCGUGUCUGUAUGCAGUGGAGGGAGAGAGCGAGCCGGGGAAAGGCGUCUGCGUUUUGCAUGUUUGCCCGCCGUCUCUCCCUCAUUCACCCCCCAUCCCCUCCCCCGCCUUCUUGCUCUCUCUGGAACCAUUCCCUCUUUUAUCCCCUCCCUUCCUUUUUCUCUGCUUUCUGCAAGGGCCUGGUUUGUUUAUAAUCACUGUGUAAAUACAGUGUAUGUAUAGAUAUAUGUAGAAAAGUGUAAUAUAUGUACAUGUAUCUAAGAGACACUCAUCCUGUGCAUUUCGACAUGGGAGCCUCCCCAUGACCUCUGUGAACCCCACCUAGUCAGGAGCAUCAUCUUCCUUCCUCACCGAUUUCGAUUUGCCUUUCCUCUUGCUCUUAAAAGUACUUCCUGAAAAUAUCGGUAGCUCUUAAUCCUUCAAACGUGAUUACACACACACACACACACACUCUCACACUCCUCCUGCGGGCUGCCGGCUCUUGUCCCAUGGCCGUAAGACUGUUUUUUAUUUAUUUUCUUUCAGAGAUGGGAAAUAAAAGACUACCAGGUUGAAAAGUUUCACUCCUCCGCCCAUCAAGACUCUUGAUACCCUCAUCGUAGUGUCCUUAAAUCCUGAUCCCACGAUGCUGUGAGCCGUCUCUUCAUAUCAUAUGCACACACACACACACACACGCCUGGUGGUGUGUUUUAGCUUUGUAACAUAUCUGCACCACUGCUGUGUGACCACGGUGCCACCCUUGCUGUGCUGCUUAAUUGUCUCCAUCCAUCUGCAACAGUCGUAUCUCAAACCCCUCCUCUACUUCUCCUCCUCCUCCUCCUCUUCCUCCUUCUCCUCCUCUUCCUCGUACCAGCGUGUCCCCUGCUCUUGAGAUGUUUAUUUGUACCUCUCUCUGUUGUUCCUCCGUUCCCGUGUUACUGGUUUGAGUUUUUUCGUUGUCGUCGCUGUUGCUGUUGACUUGUCGUUUGGUAAUUUUGCCGAUCUGCCAAGCUGGAGUUCUGCACUCUCCCUCGCACACAGAGAUAUGUUAAAAAGAAAAAAAAAAAAAAAAUCUAACAAAAAGGGAAAAAGAGGGAGGAAGCAAAGACAACACAAAUUCACAGAUUGAGCGAUCACAGAGUGGUCCAGACUAAAUUAUUUAUCAUGUAAUCUACCCUUGGUGGUUUUAAACCGUGCCUGCUCAGUUGAGAGGAGUGAUAACGCAAGAAAGAGAGCGAGAGAGAGAGAGAGUGAAAGAGAGAGCUGGAGUGGGCGUGCAGGUUACUCUGACCUCCACUGUUGAACCAGAGCGGGAGACCUAGUUAUAUGCAUGUUUCAGUUACGCAUUUCUACCAUGUACCUACCUGAAUACGGAUGGAGCUAGUGUUAAUAUAUGAUAUUUGCAUCUUUUGAAAUAAGAAUUUCUCCAUCCAGAAUGUUGAAUAGGUGACAUGAAAAAUAUUUAAAAAAAAAUGCAAAAUUUUUAAAAAAAGGAUUCAGGAGCCGUAGCUUGGUAUGAGGCCCUCGAUGUUAGCGUUUUCCCUGCGUUGUAAUGAUAUACUAUUGGGCUGCGCUUUCUCCCCCAGCCUUCACAUGGAUGCUGGAGUUUUUUUGCAUGAUCAUGAUGUACAAUGAAAUACAACCAUGAAUUGACGACUAUCAAGUGUUUGUCUGAGUGUUAGUUGGUCUUCAUCAUAGCUUUGUUAUUCUUCAAACUUGGAUCUUGAAAGUAUUUAAUAAAAAUACUAUUUCAGCACUGGU